AUGGCCAUCUGUUCCAUUUCCCGUACUAACCCCAUCAACCUGCCCGAAAUUCCUAGGCCCAACAUAAACCCCUCCCUGGACAUCUGGUCCUGCCUGGCCUACGCCAACGCGCGCUUUGGAUACCGCCUCGCCAUCGUUGACCUGGCGCCAACACCGGUCAACGCGGUCGCGCCUGCAUCCCCUGCGCCCUUCACACCGGCCGCGCCACCGGAGCUUGAUCGCCUCCUGACCUAUAAGGAGCUGCAUGACCGGUCGGUGGCCGCAGCUGCGGCUCUGCUUGCCGCCGGCGUGCGCCGUGGUAGUCGUGUUGCCGUCAUGCUCCGAAACUCAAGCGAGGUCCUGGAGCUGCACUUCGCGGCAGCGCUGCUUCGAGCUGUAAUCGUCAACGUGAACAUCAAUUUAGCACCGCCUGAGCUGUCGUACAUUCUCCGAGACUCCGAAACCGAGAUUCUCAUCACGCACGCUGCUGAAUUUGGAGCCACGGUUUCUGCAGCACUGGACUUCGCCACCACACAGACACCCAGUACGCAGCAGCUUACUGCUCCCGCUGCGAGCCCACCUUCGGCCGACUUCCACCUCCACACCAUUUUCGUUGUCGAUGAUAGCAGCGCCGCCGCCACCGCGCGGCUACUCGCCAGCAGUGCCGUACGGCGUGGCAGCUUCAUUCAUGUAUUGCCGUACCACAACGCCAUCGCCGCUGCGCUGGCGACCGCGCCGGGCUGCAGCCCGGGGGAAGUGCGCGCCGCUGCCUUCACCGCUGCCGCCAACGCUCCGAAUUCACCAACCUCCGAUUGUACGGCUUCGCCGAGGACUGCCGCAUGUCAAGAUUGGGAUCCUGACGAUCCGUACCACAUGUACUACACCAGCGGUACGACAGGACUGCCCAAGGGUGUCCUGCUGAGUCAUCGCAUCGUGAUGCUGCACGCUAUUGGCACCAUUGCAGAAAUGCGGCUCCACGGCGGCGACGUGUGGGGCCACAUCGCCCCACUCUUCCACCUGGUUGACGUGUUCGCGGUUUACUCCAUCACCUUGGUCGGUGGCCGCCACGUCAUCAUGCGCACCUUCAGCCCCGCGGAUGCUAUCCUCGCAAUUGAGCGCGAGCGCAUCACCGCGACCAACUUGGCGUCCACCAUGCUCACCAUGAUUGCGAACAACCCGCUCCUGCCGCUAGCAAACACGUCGAGCUUGAGGGUGCUCAGCUGUGGGGGAAGCCCACAAUCGCCUGCCAUACUGGCGCGCGCAGUGGCGGCGCUGGGCUGCGAGAUCUUCCUGUCGUACGGCAUGACAGAGGUUUGUGGGAAGAUCUCCAUGAGCAUCCUGCCGUACGGCUGGUGGCGCAGGCACGAACAGGACGCCCCUGCCGCUGCGACCUCCGCGUCCUCCGCGCCUUCCGGGGCCGUCACUGGCGCCGCCACUGGCAGCGGUGCCGUCGGACACGUCGGUGACAUGGCCACCCAGGCCGCCCUCAACCCCUCCCUGGACUUGGCGGUCCUCAGCUCCGCCCAGCUGAUGGACCUGGUGUUCACGUGUGGUCGCCCAUUUGUGCUCAUGGAGGUGCGCGUCGUUGCGGAGGACGACCACGGCCACCAGCACGAUGUGACCCCUGGCUCACAGGAAGUGGGGGAGGUGUGGUGCCGAGGGCCCACCGUCUUUGCUGGCUACUGGCAUCGCGAGCAGGCCACAGCCGAGUCAUUCGCUCCUGGGGGCUGGUUCCGGAGCGGGGACUUGGCGGCUGUGGACGAGACGGGAUACAUCCGUGUUGUCGACCGCAAGAAGGACAUGAUCCUCGUCGGCGGUGAAAAUGUGUACUGCAGCGAGGUAGAGGCCGUACUGCAGGCGCACCCGGCCGUAGCGCAAGCGGCGGUGUUCGGACAGGCGAAUGCGCUGCUGGGUGAGGUGGUGAUGGCGGCCGUCGUGACGCGGCGCGACGCCGCGGCAACGGCAACGUUGGCAGCGGCGGCGGCGGCGGCGGCGGCGGACACAUCUGAGGCUGAUCUGCUGGGAUGGUGCCGCCGGCGGCUGGCGCAUUACAAAGUGCCCGCAAAGAUCCAUUUUCUUGAUCGGCUGCCUGUCACUGGCUCCGGCAAAGUGCUCAAGACAGAGCUCAGGAAGCGCUUCCAGGUCUCCUCGGCGGCCACGGCGGUAGUGGCAGCGGCUUCCGGGGGACUGUCUGCCGCUUCCUCGGUCAGUUCGACCGCCCCACGGGUCAUUCCGCCGCCGCUGCCGUUGCCAUCGCGCCGGUCGCCGUCGCCUGAAGUCGCCGAGGAGUCGCUGGCGGCGCCGGCGAUGGGAGUGGAGACGCUUCGCCUCGCAGCAGCCAUCUGCGCCGCAUUUGCACAGCCAAUGACGCCAGCGAGCGCCAGCGGCGCCACUGGCACUGGCGCUGGCGCUGGCGCUGGUGCGCGCACUGUCGGACCGUACGGCAUCCGCGGUCUCCCGUUAUCGUCGCUGCAUAACCUCUCAAACCGAGACGUAACUUACACAAUCGUUCUGCCGCCUCCGCCGCCAGCAGUGCCCGUUCGAGGUGCCGCGGCUUACAGCGAAACGACAAGUGACGCUCUGGCCAGGGCGCUGUACGGCGGCGCCCGCCAUGUUGUCCUGAUUGUUCCCGGACAGCCGCCAGCAACCCUUGGGCUACAAAUCGGAACCGUUUCGCGUUUUCACGCUGGCGUGGACGUCCGAACGGUAGCGGUGGAUCCGCGCGCGUGUCUGACCGACCCACGGGUCAUUCGCUUUGCCGUGCUGUCAUCGAAGCGUGGCAUGCCGCCGCUAGGAGCGGUUGCCGCAUUCGCUGUCCGUCGGGACUCCCUUGCGCCGGUGGUAAUUGACCUAGUGGCGGCGCGCAGUGCGGCGGCGGUGGCGGCAGACGUGAUCCCGCUUGAGGUACGGCAGCUGUACGAUGCCGUACGGCGGGCGGUACCGAAGCUCCCCAUCGUGCCACACCUCAUGGCGGAUGGAACUCAGAUGCGUCCUCUGGCGGCGGAUAAGCCGCUCGUGCUCCCAUGGGCAGCAAAGGUGGGACCAUUCACAGAGACUCCAGUUCCUCCUGGUGCUGCUGCUGUUGCGACAGCUGCUGCCGCCGCCGCCGCCGUCGCCGCCACCGCCGGCGGCGGUGGUGAUCUGACACGUGCCGUCGCCUCAGCGCUGUCCGCUGGCGCCCGCCGGCUUGUCAUCGUUACGUCGGACCUUCCCAGCGAUUCUCUUUACUCGGAGUGGUCUGCCGUACAGCACAUCGCUUCCGCCACUCCCGGCAAUGUGCGCCUGGUGGCGCUGCCCCGCGGUGCCUUGCACAACGCCCAGCUGGCACGUUACUGUAUCCUUUCCGCGACUCGUGACCUUGGCUCGCUAUCCGGUAUCCUUUUUCCAGCUGCUGUAGAAGGUACUGCUGCUACUGCGGUUGCUGUUGCAGCUACUGCGGCGCCGGCUGCGGCCGUUCCUACCUCCUUUCCCGCCGCCGCCGCCGAAGCAGCGGCUCUGUCGCGGCCGUCCGUGACAAGCGUGCUGGCGGAGGUGGUAUCUGAGGUCCUGGGCAUGGCGUCGCCGCCGCCAGGUGCGAUGCCACUGGUGUCCGCUGGCUUAAACUCCUCCGCUGCCGUGCAACUGGUUUCUCGAUUGGAGGACAGGCUGGGGGUACAGCUGCCGCCCACACUCGCUUUCGAUUACCCCACCCUGGACGAGAUGGAGGUCUUUCUCAGGGGCAUUGACGGCGGCGAAGACGCCGCCUCAGCGCCGGCGACGCCGGCGGCGGCUGAAUCCGCUGCCGCUGCAGCAACCCCACCCUCCAAGGACCAGCUCCUCCCUCGCGUCCUGCAUAUCGUACGGGAGGCACUUGGCGGAGCCGCCGCGCCGAUGUUGUCGACGGACACGCCGCUCAUGGCCGCCGGCGUCAACAGUACCGCCGCCGUCGGCGUGACCAACGCACUGGAGGCCGCCUUCGGGGCGCAGCUGCCACCCACGCUGGUGUUCGAUUACCCGACGAUUGAAGAGAUUGCGAACUUUUUGGCGCAAGCUGGCGGUAUCACGGUUGCCGACCAGCAGCAGCCCCAGCCGCCAGCUCCGCCGCAUCCUCCAGUCGCAGCACCUUCGUCGUCAUCGUCGUUGUCGCCGCCGCCGCCGUCAUACGACGCCCAAGCCGCGGCGGCGUCACGCGUACGGGAGGUUGUGGCGGAGGUGCUCGGCGGCGCAGCGGCAACGCGUCUGGCUGAUGAUACCCCUCUGAUGGCUGCAGGCCUCAACUCCUCCGCGGCCGUACAGCUCACUUCCUCCCUGGAGCGAUCCCUUGGCGGCGUCCAGCUGCCGCCUACCCUGGCCUUCGACUACCCCUCCAUCGCCGCCAUCGCCGAGUACCUGGCCACUUCCGGCGUCAUCCCGGCCCCACCCACACAGCAGGCCGCCGCUGCCACCAUCGCCGCUGCUGCGCCCCCUCCAUCAUCUCUUGCAACGCCUCCGCGCAGCAUGAUGGCCUCAUCCCGGGAGGCGCCGGGUCCGCCCGGGAGGGCGGCUUCUGUUUGGACAGCAGCGGCGGCGCCUACUGUGACCCGUGGGUCGGCUGGAAGUGGUGGCGUCAACGGGAAUGUGUUGGUCAUCACGGCGGCUGCUAGUCGCGCCCCUGACGUCGAGGCCUGGGACCCGACACCGUACGGCAUCAGCCGCGCUGAGGCCGUACUGAUGGACCCGCAACAGCGGCUAUUGCUGGAUGCUUUUUCCGAGGUCCUCAUUUCUGACCGGGCUGCAGCCGCCCCGUCGCCGGCGUCUGGCCCCACCGCCGCCGCCGCCGCCGCCGCCGCUGCGUCCAUGGGCAUCUUCGUGGGUGUCUCGCAACUUGAGUAUGCCAGGAUGACUUUGGAACAGAAAAUCGACGUCAACGCCUUCUACGCCACCGGCGCCCACCUCUCCGUUACCUCCGGGCGCCUGUCGUACACCUUCGGCCUGCGCGGCCCCGCCGUCACUAUCGACACGGCCUGCUCGUCCAGUCUGGUUGCCGUACACCUGGCGGCGAGGUCGCUGAUGGCAGCCGAGACGGCGACCGCAGCGGCGCUUGGCGUCAACUUGACGCUGGUUAGCAGCUGGACGCAGGCCUGCAACCGCGCCGGAAUGCUCGCUGAGGAUGGCCGCUGCAAGACCCUCGACGACGCAGCCGACGGCUACGUUCGAUCUGAGGGUAUAGGAGCCCUCCUGCUUAGGAUGCUACCGGCAGCUGGCUCCUCAGCAUGCGGCCGCGGCGGCGCCGCCGUUGCCCUGCUGGCCGGCACCGCCGUCAACCAGGACGGCCGCAGCAGCAGCCUCACUGCACCCAACGGCCCCGCGCAACAGGCCGCCAUUCGUUACGCCUUGGCGAGUGGCGGAUGCGACCCGCGGGACGUAUCGUGCCUGGAAAUGCACGGUACCGGCACCCCGCUGGGCGACCCUAUCGAGACGUAUGCCGCCGUCACGGUAUACAUGCGCAGCGGCGGCGCCGCCGCCACCGCCACCACUACUGGGUUGGCCGCGGCGGGCCGGACGGGCCCUGCGGAACGGCAGUCGGGCGAGUCGCUGCGAAUAACCGCCCUCAAAUCGCAUAUGGGCCAUGCGGAGCCCGCUGCGGGGCUGCUGGGAUUGUUACGACUGGGCUGGCAGGUGCAGCAUUUGGCCCCAAAGCCGCUCAUGCAGCUGCGUAACCUCAAUCCCCACCUACAUGCCACCCUGGAACUGGCGAAUUCAUCGGGCCCUUCUGGCGAGCCGUUGGUGCUGCUGCCGCGCGCCGGGGCCCCGUGGGUUACCACCAGCUCAGCGGCACCAGCUACGGAAUCCCUGGAGUCUCUCAUCGCGGGUGUCAGCGCCUUUGCGUUCCAAGGCACCAACGCGCAUGCGGUGCUGGCAUCCGCGCCUCCGUCAAUGGCGGGUGCGGCAGCGGCAGAGGUGGCCCCGCCGACGUGCGAUGCCGCUGCGACGUUCGCGCCCCUCGCGACGGCGACGCGGCACUGGAUUCACCCGGUGCCUCAUCCUCUAGUGGGGGCGCUGUGGACGGCGGUGUCGGAAGCGGGUGGGCGACGUGUUUUGGUGUCCGAGUGCAGGCUGUCUUCCCUGGCGCGACUGGCAUAUUUGCGUGACCAUGUGGUUUCGGGGCGCGCCCUGCUCCCCGCCGCCGCCAUGUUGGAGCUCUGCCUCGCGUCCGCCGCCACCGCCCUUGCCUCAUCUUCAGAAACGGCCGACGUGCAAUGGGGCAUCUCCCAACUCACCAUCCUCAGCCCGGUCAUCCUGCCGCCGCCGACGUCUCAACAAGGCGGCAAUGGCAGCGGCAGCGGCGAUGACACUGUCGUACAGUGUCAUGUUGACACGGCAACAGGCAUGAUGCAGCUUUCGUACGGUGUUGGCGGCAAGGCUGCGGUGCCGUCUUCGGGCGGCGGCGGGCGGCGGCUUGUUGCAAAGGGUACGGUCACUCGAGCUCUUUCCGGCAGCGUCACGCCGCCGACAACCGCUUUUGCCGGUAGCGGCAUGGCUACUCUCCCUGGAGGCACCGCAGCGGUAGUAACCUCAGAUUCGAAGGCCCUGAUACGCCUGAUGCACCUACUUGGCAUCGCUACUGCGGCUGCAGCUACUGCGGCUGCAGCUACUGCAGCUUCCGUCAUGACGGGUACACUGUGCCAAAUUGGCGCCGCAACCGACACGGCCGCCGCCGCCGCUGUGCCGUACGCCGGCAGCAGCGCCCGCCAGGCUCCAGCAGAGGAGGGUUACCUCUCCCGCCCCGCUGACGUCGAUGCUGCAUUCCAUCUGGGCGUGCUACAGCCCGGCAGCGGCGCCAAGAUCCCCGUGGCUGUAGCUUUCUUCACCGCGAGGCCGCGCCGUGCUGGCGCCAUGGAGGGCGGCAUUUGGGCCAGCGCCGCUGCCGGCCAAGCAGGCAAUAGGCAGCUGCCGUCGCCAUCGCCAUCGCCGUCCUCACCACAGCUGCAGCAGCGCCGCUCAGUUAGCAGCUUCUACCUUUGGGAUGCAGAUAGUGAGGAGGGAGGCGCGCCAGCUGUCAUAAUUUGCGGACUGGAAACCGUGGAAAUGCACCGCGGCGCCAGCACCGCCGCCGCCAGCACGGCAGCGACAGCGACAGCGACAGCGACAGCGACAGCGACAGCGACAGCCGCGGAGGAGGCCGACACAGGUCCGGGUGCAACAGCCGCCAGUGAAGAAGCUGUGCCCAGCGCUGCCGAUGCCAUGUACGAAACUGAGUUCGUUGUGGACGAGCCGGCACAAGGUACGGCAUCGGUCAUGGGUACCGAUCUGCUAGCGGCUGCCGCCAUGGCUGCCAGCCCUUCAGUGGAGGUUGUGGCUGGAGCAGGCGGUCGUGUUAGGGAAGGUGGAGAGAACGCCGCGGUUCUGUACGUUGCUACAGAUGGCGGCGCGGCGGCGGCGACCGCUAGUACCUUGAGUUUCCUUCAGGGAGCUCAGAAUAUUCCCACCCUGGAGGGCAUCGCUGGGUCUAUAGUUAGGGGCUCCGCCGCCAGCAGCGCCCGCGUACUUCCGCCCUCUGUCGCUACCGUCGCUACUGCGGCCGUCGACGGCGUCUUACGUACGGCAGCAACCGAGAUCUCCAAUCGUCGCGUGACGCUGACGCUCCGCGCGACGCCGUGUACUGCUGCCGUCUCGGCCGCGGACUUUAUGCAUGGUCAAGACGGAAGUGGCGGCGUGCUGGACGCGUUUGGCAUCGGGCUUCCAGAGGGAGGCGCCGUCGCGGUACGGCAGCUCCGUCACAUCGCCGACGCACCGCCGGCGGGACCAGAGGCUUUCCAGAUCGCCGCCCAGCCGCGCGGCGCCUUCGCCAACCUGGCAAUCUUGCCGACGCCGCUGGCGGCAGACGGUGUCAGCACCCCGUGCGGCCCCGGCGAGGUGGCGGUGGCGGUCAAGGCCGUGGGCCUCAACUUCCGCGAUGUGCUCAACGUUCUGGGCAUGUAUCCGGGAGACCCCGGACCCCCGGGCAGCGACUGCGCGGGCGUGGUGCAGAGCGUAGGUCCUCCUUCUGGUUCCCCCGGACGCGGGGUCGAUCUCGCGGUGGGUGAUGCCGUGUUCGGUCUUGCCCACGGGUGCAUGGGCUCCAGAGCGGUGGGGCCUGCUGCCAUGCUGGUGCCCCUGCCACCGCACGUGACCUUCGCCGAUGCCGCAUCAGUGCCAACGGUGUUCGUUACUGUGGUGGCCGCACUGGAGGCGGCCGCGGGCGUGCGCCGCGGGGACAGGGUGCUGGUGCACGCUGCAGCAGGCGGUGUGGGUUUGGCAGCGCUGCAGGUCAUUCGCUCGCUGGCCGCAGUGCCGUUCGUCACCGCCGGUGGACCCGUCAAGCGCUUGCUUCUGCGUCGUGAAGGCGUCGCUGCUGCCGCCGCAUCCCGCGACACUUCCUUCGUUGAGCCGCUCCUGCUGGCCACAGCUGCAGCUGGCCGCGGUGGCGAAGGGCUUGGGGUUGAUGUCGUGCUGAACAGCCUGACCAGCCCCGGCAUGGUGUCCUCUAGCCUGGCGCUGCUGUCCCGCGGCGGGCGGUGGGUGGAGAUCGGCAAGCGCGACAUCUGGUCGGCCGCGCGAGUGCAGAGCGAGCGGCCCGAUGCGCGCUACGGCCUACUGGCGGUGGACUUCAUGCCGCCGGAGGUCCUGCACACCAAGCUACAACACGUGGCGUCGCUGCUGGCCCACCAAGCCAUCACCCCGCUCCGGAACCUCUCCUACCCGCUGGCAGCAGUCGCCACCGCGCUGCGUGCGCUCGCCCAAGCUACCCACGUUGGCAAGGUCGUGGCUUACGCGCCACCUGCUGCAGCACCUGUAGGACCGACCCACGGGUCUGUCCUGUCGCGCUCGCGAGUACUGGUGACGGGAGGUACUGGUGGCCUGGGCCUGCUGGUGGCGCGAUGGCUGGUGGGCUGUGGAGUCGUGGGCCAUGUGCACUUAGUUAGCCGCAGCGGCCGCGUUGCCGCCGCCGCCGCCGGCGGCGACGAGGGCGCGGCGCUGGCAGGCGUGCUGCUGGGCGGGAGCGGGGUGUCCGUCACCAUGGAGGCGCUGGAUGUAGCUUGCGCAGAGGAUGCCCGUGCGCUGUGGCAUCCGCUGAGGCGGUGUGGCGUUGAGGCCGCAGCUGAGGAGGAGGAGGCUGGGGAAGUGGGGCUCGGCGGCGCUUGUGCUGUCCGCUGUGGCGGCUGGGAUGCUGUGGUGCAUGCCAGUGGCGUGCUGGCGGACGCGAUGCUACCGAGGCAGACCUUUCGUGGAGCGCGGCAGGUGGCUGCCCCCAAGCUCACCGCCGCCCAGCCGCUGGCUUCCGCCGCUGUUGCCGGCUCGCCCCUGAGCCAGCUGGUGCUGUUCUCCUCCGUGGCUUCGCUUAUCGGCGCGGCGGGUCAGGCCAAUUACGUGGCCGCCAACGCGGGACUGGACGCGCUGGCGGAGGCGUGGAGCGAGGCGGGCCACCCCGUCAUGGCCAUCCAGUGGGGUGCCUGGGCCGGCGGCGGCAUGGCCAGUGCGGCCGUCAUAUCCCGACUGGAGCGUAUUGGCCAAGGCGUGCUGCCGCCAGCGGUGGGCCUGGCGGCACUCGCUCACGCGCUGGGCGCCGCGGCCGCGAGCGGCCGCGGCGCCGCCGUACCGCUGCCGUUACCGCCGCCACCACCGGCGGCGCGCGUCGUCACCGUCAACCCAUUCCGCUGGGCCAAAUACCUGUCGCAGCACAGUCGGGAGCACCCGUUGUACGGAAGGUUUUACGGCAAGCGGAAGGUGCAGCCAGCGUCGCCGUCGCCGCUGCCGCUGUCGACGGCUGGAUCACCCGCCGCUGUGGCUGCGGCAGCGGCAGCAGCACAAGAGCCUGCUCGCUACAGCCGGGAGGUGGUGCGGCGGGAGGUGGAGUCGGCACUGGUGGAGGUUUUGGGGAGUGCUCUUCCCGAGAAUGAGCCGCUCAUGUCGGGCGGGCUGGACAGCCUUGGCGCCGUGGAGUAUGUCAACUUGGUGUCGCGGCGGCUUGGAGGAGUGCCGCUGCCCGCGACUCUAAUUUUCGACUACCCCACCACUGCCGCCAUCACGCAAUACUUGGCAGACAAGCUGGCGGCCGCGGCACCGCCAGCGGCGGCGGCGGCGGCGGCCGCUGCGCGCAUGGCGGCGCCGCUGGCGGACGCAGAUGCCGCUGCAACGGACUUGGACUUCGUGCAGCAGUUGGUGAUGGGGUACGGCAUGGGUGACCCUGUGCCGCCGUCGGCGCCGCUGACGCCGGCGGGUGGCGCUGUCUACCCCAAUGUUCCAGCUACCGUUGUCGGGGUCCUUGCUUACGAGAUGGCACCACUGCAAGAAACUGCUGCCGCGGCCGGCGCCGAUGCGGCCUGGAUAGGCAGCGGCCGCCUGCCGAUGUACGACAACAUCACUCCGGUGCCGCUGGAGCGCUGGGACCGUACGACAGUGCCUGGGGAGAACGGCAACAUGGCGAUGCAGUUUGGUGCCUUCCUCGCGGGGGCCGCGGACUUCGACGCUGCCGCUUUCGGCCUGUCGUACAGCGAGGCGAUGGCCAUGGAUCCGCAGCACCGACUCCUGCUACAGCUCGCCGUCUCCGCCAAAAUUUCCGCCGGUAGCACUGCCGGAGCCGCCGUACAAAGCCGUACAGGCGUCUACCUUGGUAUCUCCUGGACGGAAUACCACCGCAUCUGCGAAGCCCAUGGCGCGGUUUCGGGGCCGUACGCUUCGCAGGGUGCCGUACUUUCCGUGGCCGCCGGUCGCAUCAGCUUCCACCUGGGUUUGGGCGGGCCUUCCCUUGCUGUCGACACCGCCUGCUCGUCCAGCUUGGUAGCCGCAACGCUUGCAUACGAGUACCUUAAGGCUUCGGCACCUGGGCCGACAGCACCAGCGGCGGGGCCGCGGACUGCCGCAGCGGCGAGGGAGACAGGAAGUGGAGGGGCGACGGCGCUUGUCGGCGGCAUCAACAUGAUGCUGUUACCGAGUACGACAGCCAUGUUCCAGCGUGCAGGCAUGCUGGCGCAGGACGGCCGCUGCAAGGCAUUGGACGCCGCCGCUGACGGCUACGUGCGCGCAGAGGCCGCCGGCAUGAUGCUGCUGCAGGCGCUCUCUAACGCAGAGCACGCCGCCGGCGGUGCCCGUGCUGGGCAGCCGCCGCCGCCGCCGCUGGCGGUGUUGCUGGGCGCCGCCGUCAACCAGGACGGCCGCAGCAGCAGCCUCACCGCGCCCAACGGCCCCGCGCAACAGGGCCUUAUUCGUGCCGUGCUUCACGCCGCCGAUGUCGCGCCGGCCGCCGUGACGGCGUUACAGAUGCACGGCACCGGCACGCCGCUGGGUGACCCCAUCGAGGUGGGCGCAGCCUUGGAAGUCCUGGCGACUAAGUCAGCGUUGCCGUACGAUCGCUUCCCUGUCACGUCCCCCGACGGCGCCGGCGGCGAUGCCGUGAGGGCACUACAGCUGCUGGCAGCCAAGAGCAUGCUGGGCCAUGCGGAGCCCGCGGCAGGCAUAUCCGGUUUGUGUUUUGCCGUACAGCAGCUCCUGAGUCGCGCAGUAGCACCCAUCCUGCACCUCCGUGCUCCCAAUGCCCAUGUGGUUGCGGCGCUGGAGGCGGCCGCUGCCGUCACCUUGCCGGUGGCCAACAUGCCGCGAGGUCCACAACCGCUACCCUCGCCGCCGUCGCCAUCGCCCGCUGCGUCAGGCGUGGAUGAAAUGGCCGCCAUCUGCGGCGUCAGCGCCUUCGCGUUCCAAGGCACCAACGCGCACGUACUGCUGUCAUCGCGCGGUACAGUGACCUCCGCCGACACCGCCGCCGCUGCCCUCACCGACACAUCUAGCCUGACAGGACCGUACUGGCAGCGCCGCCGGACGUGGGUACAUCCCAGGCCUGACCCAUGGGUCGGCAUGGUGCUAAAUUCCCUGCUUCCCUCCGUCAGCUCCCGCCUGACCGUCUUCGAGACGGAGCUCACGGCCACGCGCCACGCCGACCUCUGGGACCACAGGGUCGCUGGUAAGGCGCUCGUUCCCGCGGCUGCCUUUUUGGAGAUGGCGCGUGGUUGCGCCGCCUCUCUGCUUCUUCAGCCCCAGCAUCAGUACAAGCGGGCUGGCGGCGGCGCUGCUGCUGCAGGCCAGUCUGCUGGUGGAAGUUAUCCCGAGUCCCGAGUCGCUCUGUGUGCCGUGUCUGUGCCUGCACCGUGCGUGCUGCCGGACCUAGGGGACCUGGGGAAGGUGAGCGGCAGCAGCAGCGCCGCCGAUGCCCGGGUUGCCGGCGUGGUGCUGGGCUGCCAGAUCGAUCUCAGCCGCGGCUCUGUGGCCGUGUUCAGCAGCGUCGAGCAGCGUCAUCAUAAUCCGCAGCAGAAGCAGCAUUCCGUGACGGCCGCUUCGCAGCACACGCCGCAGCGCACGCACCUCACAGCCACGGUGCAGGUCGUCCACACGCGUCGUGCGGACGUCUCGGAAACGACGCACCCGAGCGACACUGAUGACGACUGGCAAGGUCUCGCGCGGGCGUCAGGCAGCGGUGCGUCCGGGAGGGCGGCAGAUAUGGACGAGAAAUCGCCUCGCCUCAUCGCCCUGGCGAGUCUGCUGCUCAUAUUCGCGGCAGGCGCCCGCCAGUCGCGGCGCCAGCCGCCGCCGCCGCCGCCGCCGUUGCCAGCCGUAUGUGCCGCCGUCGUCGUGCAAGGCUCGGAAGGCGGCGAUGCCGCAACGGCAGGCCGGCUGCCACCGGCCCAACUGGACUGUGUUCUACAGCUGGGCGCUGUGGCGGCCCUCGAAGGAGGGUGUGACAGCAGCCUUCGCGUGCCGGCUUCCCUGGAAUGCUAUACGCCGCCGCCACCCCAACCACCGCUGCCUCAGCUGCAGCAGCGUAAGAGCAAAAACGGGAUCAGCGAUAGCGCCGCCGCCGCCGCCGCCGCCGUCGCCGCUGGCACUAUGAUGCCGGAAGGGCACUCCCUGCAUGCCACCGCAGUGCUGCGGCCCGGUGCCAGCUCCAAGCGAGCAAUCACUGACUUCCGCAUCGCAUCCGAACACGCGGUUCAUGGUAGCCAUGUUGCAGCCUUGCAGGGCUUGGAGGCGCGAAGGGCAACUGCAGCGGCACUUUUCGCAUCUGCCGACAUCCCCAGCACCCAUUCCGCCACCGUUGGCGCGCCGCUAGGCCCUAAGCUCCCUGCCGCCGUCAGCGCCGCCGGCCAGUUUCCCCUGACAGCGACCGUCGUGGCAGGUCAGGCUACGGAUGUGGAGCGGGAGGUGAUGUACCAGAUUGUCCAGACGGCGUCAGAGCCUUUCGAAAUGAAUAGCUGCUCCACCGCACCUGGGGCCGCCCAGGAGCUGCUGCAUCUUGGCGCGGCGCCUUCACCAGAGGCCCAGGCACUUGUGGCCAUCGGGCUGGCGCAGCAAGCCGUGGGGGCGGGUGUCGCUGGCAUUAACUUGGCAGCUUCCGCACGAGCGCAGGAGUACUCUGCUGCUGCCGCCGCGGCGGCUAUUGCCAUGGCCGGCGGAGCGACUGCGGCCCUGCUCCGGACCGUAGAAGCUGAAACCGGUGUCCUCUGCGCCGCCCGGGCGCUCCAUGGCGCGUUAGGGGUAGAACAGGCAGCUGGUAAAGCUGCUUCUUCGUCUUUUUCUUCAAGCAGGACGCUGACGAUCGAGGCAAGGGCCGUGACGCCGUAUGAAGAUGCGUACGGCACAGUCGAGACAGGCGGCGUGCUGCUGCGUGACGUCAUGAUGCCCAUUCAGUCGGAGGCCAGGGAGGGAGGGUCAGUGAUCGGGAACUUCCAGCUUGUUCCCCGGCCUCGUGGCGCCCUGGGCAACUUGGUGCCGCAGCCGCUGGCCUGCCCCACCACCGGGGAGGAGGGUGCGGUGCCGGCUGGCACGGUGGCGCUGCGGGUGCGGGCCGUGGGGGUCAACUUCAGGGACGUGCUCAACGUGCUGGGGAUGUACCCGGGAGAUCCGGGCGCACCAGGAGGAGACUGCGCGGGCGUGGUGGUGGCGGCGGGUGCGGGUGUGGAUGAUGCGGCGCUGCUGCCGCCCGGCACGGCCGUGUUCGGCCUGGCAGCCGGCAGCUUGGGGACGCUGGUGCACAGCAGCCCGCACACGCUGGUGGCGAUGCCGGGAUGCCUGAGCUUCGAGGAGGCGGCCACCAUGCCCACAGUCUUCAUCACGGCGCACCAGGUCUUUGGCGACGCCGCCGGGCUGCGGCCUGGCGAGCGUGUGCUGGUGCACGGUGCUACAGGCGGUGUGGGACUCGCAUCACUGCAGGUGGUGGGCGCACUGAGCGGCGAGGUGGUGGCCACCGCCGGCAGCCCGUCCAAGCGCGCGCUGCUGCGGGGCCUGGGGGUGCGCCACGUGUCCACCAGCCGCGACCUGGGCUUCGUGGAGGAGCUGACGGCGCGGUGCAUCAGCGGCCGCGGUGGUGUUGUGGACGUGGCGCUCAACACGCUGACCAGCCCCGGCCUGGUGUCCGCGACACUGAGCCUGCUGCGCCGCGGCGGCCGCUUCGUGGAGAUCAGCAAGCGCGACAUCGUGUCCGUGCCCCGCCUGCAGAGCGAGCGGCCUGACGUGGCGGCUUCCUUCGUGGCCGUGGACUUCCUGCCUGACACCGCAGUCCAGUCCGCCAUGAUGCGCGUGGCUGCGGGUGUCAGCCGCGGCCAGCUGCGCCCGCUGCCCCAGGCCGCCCACUCUCUGAGCAACGUCGCUGCGGCGCUUCGUCAGAUGUCGCAGGCGCGGCAUGUGGGCAAGGUGGUGGUGUCGGCACCACCCCUGGACUCAUUCUCUCCCACACCGCCCAGAGAGGGUUCCGUGAUCAUUAUCGGAGGCCUCGGCACCCUCGGACUGCUCACAGCAAGGUGGCUGUUAGGCCAAGGUCUGCGGCACGUCCACUUGACAAGUCGCACCGGCCGUCCAAGCAGUCCAGCCGCCAGCGAGCAGCUCGCGACCAUGGUCCAGACCCACGGGUCGCUCAUUGAGAUCAGCGCUGUGGACGCAACCGCAACUGCAGACCAAACGUUGCUGAUGGGACUGGUCAACGGCGGCGAGCCUGACGAUGUGGCCUUGUGGACUAACCGACGGCGGCCCUUGCUAGCUGUCUUCCAUGCCGGCGGCAUGCUUGCAGAUGCCGUACUCGAGCGCCAGAACGCGCCCGGCAUUCGCACCGUAUCGGCGGCGAAGUGCAGCAGCGCCGCUAUCCUGCGCCGCCUCUGCGGUGCAUUACCAGUCGCUACCCACGUGUUCUUCUCCUCCGUUGCUUCGCUGCUGGGCUCCGCGGGCCAGGCCAGCUACAGCGCCGCCAACGGCGCCCUUGACGCGCUAGCCGACACCAGCCGCGCCGCCGGCGUGAGCGCCACGGCCAUCCAGUGGGGCGCCUGGGCGGGCGCAGGCAUGGCCGCUACCGCAGCAGUCGCACGCAAGGUGGAGCGGUUGGGCAUGGGGAUGCUGCAGCCGCGGCAGGGUCUAGAGGCGCUUGAGCGGUUGCUAGCCAGCGCCCCAGUGCCUUCUCGCGGGGUAGUAGGCUCUCGCGAAGCCUUCUCAGCGGUACACGCAGUGGUACCCGUGGUGCCGUUCACCUGGCGGCGCUUCCUGGAGGUCGCUACCCGCCGGCGCAGCGGCGUCGUACCGUUCAUGUUCCAGCACUUCGCCGGCAAGCUGGCGUCAGGGCAGAGCGGCGGUACCGCCCCCUCCCCCUCCCCCGCUGCUAUGGCGUCCAGCCGCCUUGAGCAGCCACGCGCCCAUGCAACCCAAGAACUGGGCAACACAGCGGCAGCCGUGCAGCGCGCGCAUGUGCUAACGGAGGUCUUGGACACCGUCAGCGGUGUGGUGGGUUCCUCUGUUGCCCCCGAUGCGCCGCUGAUGAGCUCGGGCCUGGACAGCUUAGGGGCAGUGGAGCUGAGGAACGCGCUGGAGGGUCGACUGGGUGUUCAGUUGCCCAGUACGCUGGUGUUUGACUACCCCACCCCGGCUGCCAUGGCGGACAUGAUUGCUGCCAGGUUGCCGCGCCGGCUUGCCGCUGCCGGCGGCGGUGCCGCCGCCGCGGCACUGACUCCUUCGCUUUCCGCUGCUGAUAUGGCCUAUGUGGAUGAGCCGGUACCCCAAGGUGAUAUCACACGCACCGUACUGCAGAUCACUGCAGAUGUACUGGGCGGCGGCGGCGGCGGCGGUGGCGGCGCUGGGGCCCCUGGGGGGCUUGAGGCUGACGUGCCCCUCAUGGCAGCCGGGCUAGACAGCCUUGCGGCGGUGGAGCUCCGAAACCAGCUGCAGGCGGCCUUCCGGGUGGCGCUGCCGCCCACGCUGGCCAUCGACUACCCGACAGCGGCCGCCAUCGCUGCGCUGAUCGCGUCGCGGGUUGCGCAAUCUGCUGCAGCGACAGCAGCUACCCCAGCCCCUCUAGCCGCAGCAGCUUCUAUUUCUGAGGCGGUCGUUCCUGCUGGCACGGCGCCGUGGGCGGUGCAGGGCAGCAGGUCCCUGAGCGCCGCCAUCGUCAGCAUGUCGUUCGAAUUGCCAGCUGCUGCGCAUUCAGGAGCAGCCACCGCUGCGCACGCCACCGGAGCCGAUGCCAUUAGCGCAGUGCCGUACAGUCGGUACGACGUCGACGCGCACGCGGCGCUGUUUGAUGGGGCUCCGGUUCGUUUCGGCGGGUUUAUGGCUGCGGUCAGUGCCUUCGACGCGGCGGCGUUCGGGCUGAGCGACGGCGAGGCAGCGCUGAUGGACCCGCAUCAGAGGCUGCUGUUGCAGGCUUGCACUGAGGCCUUUGCGGCGGAUGCCGCCAUGGCAAGUGGCGAUCCUCCUGACAACGGCUUGCUGGAGCUGUACGGCGUAUCACGUGACCGUUGGGGUGUAUACGUCGGUACCUCUGCACUGGACUACAACAAACUGAUCGCCCGUUACAACCGCCAACCGACUGCCUAUACCGCCACUGGCAGCCUGUCACUGUCCGUCGUCUCCGGCCGGCUGUCGUACACCUUUGGCCUGCGUGGCCCCGCCGUCACCGUGGACACGGCAUGCUCGUCCAGUCUGGUGGCGGUGCACGGGGCGCUGGCAGCCAUGGCCUUGGGCGGCUGCGGUGCAGCGGUUGCGGCAGGUGCCAAUCUCAUGCUCAUCCCAGAUACACCGGCCAUGUUCCAGAAAGCAGGAAUGCUGUCCCUCGAAGGCCGCUGCAAGACGCUGGAUGCCGACGCGGACGGCUACACGCGCUCAGAGGCUAUCGGCGCCCUCUGCCUGACGCCUAUGUACACCAGCACCAGCUCUUCCACACCGCAUGCUACUUCACGCCCGCCGCCGCUGGCGGUGUUGCUGGGCGCCGCCGUCAACCAGGACGGCCGCAGCAGCAGCCUCACCGCACCCAACGGCCCCGCGCAGCAGGCGGUGGUGCGGGCAGCGCUGGCGGAAGCGAGGCUUUCCGCUGCCGCUGUGGCUGCCCUGUCCAUGCACGGUACCGGUACACCGCUGGGCGACCCCAUCGAGGUGGGGGCUGCCCUGGCGGUCCUCGAUGCCCCAGCUGCCCCUUCAACAAAGAGCACGGCGGCCAGCGCUUCAGGCGCCUCUCAGCGGCUGCCGGUUCCAUUUCUCUCCUCCAAAUCGUCCUAUGGUCAUGCAGAGCCGGGAGCCGGUGUGGUGGGCAUCACUCAGGCUGUACACGUCGCGACCCACGGGUCUGUGCUGCCCAUUAUGCACCUACGCAACCUGAACGAGCACGUCGCCGUAGCAAUUGCGCAGACAUCCUCGCCUGACGCUUGGUCGCUGCCCCGGCAGCUACAGCCGCUUUCCUCAGCUCGCGGGCCGGAGGGAGGCGCGCCCGCUGCGGCACCGGGCGGCUACGGGCUGCCUCAUCCUGGGCUCAUCCCAGCUGAUUCUGAGCUGAGCUGCAUCGGAGUGAGCGCCUUUGCGUUCCAAGGCACCAACGCCCAUGUGCUGCUGUCGUCAGCUGACCGCGCUGCUGGCAAGGAGGGAGACGGCCUCGUCGCCCAGGCUGGAUUUGCUGCUGCAGGCGAGGACGACUUCCGACAAACGUUUUCUGCCUCCUUAUCAGUUCUCCACAGGGACACCAUCGCCUCCUCCUCCGCCGCAGCCGCCGCUGCCCCGCGGCUGAUGCUAUGGCGCAAGCAACACCACUGGCUGCAGCCCGUGGCUAACCUGCUCCUGCACGCAGUCCACAUUCCUGCAGCUGCUCCACGGCACGCCCGAGCGGCGUUUUUUGAGUGCCGUAUCACCCGUACAUCGCGGCUGGCGUACCUGUGGGACCACCGUGUCCGUGGUCGGUCUGUGUUUCCGGGCGCGGGCUUCAUGGAGAUGGCCGCCGGCUCCGUGGCGGCCUUGACGGCGUCGACGGCGGUUGGCGCAGAAGUGGAGGCCCCAGGCGACUGCAGCGGCACCUUGCUGCAUCCCGCGCUGCUGGACUGCAGCUUGCAGGUGGGCGCGGUGCCGGCCGUCGCGGGGGCUGCGGCCGUGCUGCGUGUGCCUGCAGCCGUGGGCCUGCUGCGUGUACCGCUGAAUGCGGAAACGACCGCAGGUGUGGGUGCGAGCCUGGCAGACCCCGACAAGCAGGCGUCGUGGGUGACUGCCGUCGCGGCGCCCUCCUCCUCCGCCGCCGCCAGCAGCGGCGCAGAAGCCAGUGCCAGUGCCAUGGAGAUCAAGGUGGACUACCGCAUAAGCAGGGCCGACGGGACCGCCGUGUGUGGCGUGUCCGGCCUCUUGGCCAAGGAGCUCCGUGUUCAUGCCUCUGGAACAGAAGCCGCUGCCGCCGACGUCACCGCCGCUGCAGUAGCCGUGCCGUCACCAGCCGAAGCAUCGGCCCAUGUUGGUUUCGGUGGAUCCAUCCUCUACACCGCCAAGCUGGCCGUCAGCGAGCCAGCCGACAUUGCGCUGAUCCCGGAAGCCAGCAGCACGCGGGUCUUGUCGCCACAGCAGCCGCCAGCCCUGCAGCUCAGCUCCGGGCGGGAUGCAGUCGUCCCGGCGCUGCUGGGCGCUCUGCAGGCGCUCACGCAAGGGCCAACAACCGCAUUGAGGCUCUCCGGCAGCAGCGGCAGCAGCGGCAGCAGCGGCAGCAGCGGCAGCGGGGCGGUAUGGCCGGAGGGACGACUGGUUGCCGACGGUGCAGCACGGGGCGUCGUGCGUGCGGUGGCACUGGAGCAAAGCGGCAGUUCAUUCUCUGUCCUGGAGCGGUGUGCUGAGGUGGUGGCGGCAGGUCUCCGAGGGCUCCCCGUUAGCGCUGGCGCGUUGUCCAACGUUCACGUCAACGCCAACGUGGCAUCCCUUGAGUCGUGGCAUCCCACAGAGGGACGCCGCCGUGAUGGCCUGUGGGACGUGCAUGGCCCACGAGUCACCAGCGGUGCCGUAUCAUUGCCAAUACUGUCACAUUCGGAUGUCGGGAAAGGAGGUGGAGAGAUUGACUUCCAGCUUGUUCCCCGGCCUCGUGGCGCCCUGGGCAACUUGGUGCCGCAGCCGCUGGCCUGCCCCACCACCGGGGAGGAGGGUGCGGUGCCGGCUGGCACGGUGGCGCUGCGGGUGCGGGCCGUGGGGGUCAACUUCAGGGACGUGCUCAACGUGCUGGGGAUGUACCCGGGAGAUCCGGGCGCACCAGGAGGAGACUGCGCGGGCGUGGUGGUGGCGGCGGGUGCGGGUGUGGAUGAUGCGGCGCUGCUGCCGCCCGGCACGGCCGUGUUCGGCCUGGCAGCCGGCAGCUUGGGGACGCUGGUGCACAGCAGCCCGCACACGCUGGUGGCGAUGCCGGGAUGCCUGAGCUUCGAGGAGGCGGCCACCAUGCCCACAGUCUUCAUCACGGCGCACCAGGUCUUUGGCGACGCCGCCGGGCUGCGGCCUGGCGAGCGUGUGCUGGUGCACGGUGCUACAGGCGGUGUGGGACUCGCGUCACUGCAGGUGGUGGGCGCACUGGGCGGCGAGGUGGUGGCCACCGCCGGCAGCCCGUCCAAGCGCGCGCUGCUGCGGGGCCUGGGAGUGCGCCACGUGUCCACCAGCCGCGAUCUGGGCUUCGUGGAGGAGCUGACGGCGCGGCGCAUCAGCGGCCGCGGCGGUGUUGUGGACGUGGCGCUCAACACGCUGACCAGCCCCGGCCUGGUGUCCGCGACACUGAGCCUGCUGCGCCGCGGCGGCCGCUUCGUGGAGAUCAGCAAGCGCGACAUCGUGUCCGUGCCCCGCCUGCAGAGCGAGCGGCCUGACGUGGCGGCUUCCUUCGUGGCCGUGGACUUCCUGCCUGACACCGCAGUCCAGUCCGCCAUGAUGCGCGUGGCUGCGGGUGUCAGCCGCGGCCAGCUGCGCCCGCUGCCCCAGGCCGCCCACUCUCUGAGCAACGUCGCUGCGGCGCUUCGUCAGAUAUCGCAGGCGCGGCACGUGGGCAAGGUGGUGGUGUUCAAUCCGCAGCAGCAGCCUCUGGCCAGUCCGUCAGGCCGCGUGAUCAUCAGCGGCGGCCUGGGCUCGCUGGGUCUGCUCCUGGCAUCCUGGCUGUCGCGGCAGCAUGCCGGUGGCCACAUCCAGCUGCUAGGCCGCUCGGGCCGGGCCGAAGGAGGCGCCACCGAGGCGGCUCUGACACGGAUUCUGAAUCACUCACAAGGUAUCAUUGAGGUCAUCAAAGCCGAUGUAUCCAGCGCCGAAGAUUGCAGCCUGGUGUUCGCACCGACCUCAGCCACUGUCAAGCCCGUGCUUGCAGUGCUGCAUGCCGGCGGUGUCCUGGCCGACGCAAUCCUCCGAAACCAGACUGCCGCUAGCGCCCGCCGCGUGUUUGCUCCCAAGCUGGCUCAGCUGUCCCGCUGGGCUGGCCUCGUCUCGCAGCAGCCGGGUGCCUCGCACGUGCUGUUCUCCUCCGUGGCUUCACUGCUGGGCUCACCCGGCCAGGCCAACUACAGCGCCGCCAACGCCGGACUGGACGCUGCCGCCGCCGCGCUGUCGGACCGCGGGCUAAGCUUCGUCAGCAUGCAGUGGGGCGCGUGGGCGGGUGGCGGCAUGGCGGCUCAUGACGCGCAGACGGCGGCUCGUGUGGAGCGCAUGGGCAUGUCGCUCAUCCAGCCACAACAGGGACUGGCGGCGCUGGCGUCCGUGCUGGAGGCUUUCGCUAGGGGCCCCGCCACCGCCCCUCCUCCUGUCGUGGCGGCGGUUCCCUUCAACUGGCCCACGUUCUUGCAGCAACAGAAGAGAAGGCAACCAACGAGCCUCUUCUCGGCAAUGGAAGAACGUUUACCUGUCACACCAUCAUCUGUCCCAGGAGAGAUGGCCGUAUCGGCCGCGCCUCCGGCUGCGCGGCUUGCUUUCGCGCAGCCCAAGGAGGCGACAAUCGCGGCGGAGCCGGCCACAGCAACGGCAACGGCGGCUGCAUCGCUCGCGCAUGUGCUCGCCGAGGUUCAGGAGGCCGUGCGUGGAGUGGUGGGUUCCUCUGUUGCUCCCGAUGCGCCGCUGAUGAGCUCGGGCCUGGACAGCUUAGGGGCAGUGGAGCUGAGAAACGCGCUGGAGGGUCGACUGGGUGUUCAGUUGCCCAGUACGCUGGUGUUUGACUACCCCACCCCGGCUGCAAUUUCCGGAUAUGUAGCGAGUCGCGCGCAGCUUGCAGCCCCAGCUGCUGUAUCUGCUUCGACGUUCGCCCCGAGAACCACACCAGCAGCAGCAGCGGAUCAUAGGGGGCCGGGUGCAGCUGGUGCGGCUGCAUCGCUCGCGCAUGUGCUCGCCGAGGUUCAGGAGGCCGUGCGUGGAGUGGUGGGUUCCUCUGUCGCCCCCGAUGCGCCGUUGAUGAGCUCGGGCCUUGACAGCUUAGGGGCAGUGGAGCUGAGAAACGCGCUGGAGGGUCGACUGGGGCUGCAGCUGCCGGGUACGCUGAUCUUCGAUUACCCCACCCCAGCUGCCAUCGCAAGCUUCAUCGCGAGCCGCGUGCAGGUCACAGUUCCUCUGAUGAUCCCUGCUCUUGCUGUGGCACCUGGACAUCCCCCUCGAAACUCCGACUUGGACGAAGACUUAUUUGCGGAGCUGUUUGAUGAGCCGCAGGCAGCGGAAGCUGCAUCGCAGCAAGCGACGACAAGGGCGCGGUUCAUUGCCGGCGUGUUGGCGCAACCUGCACUGCCUGCACCGCUGCGGCAGCUGCCUCAGCCGGGCGGUAUUAGCUUGGGCCCUGUCGCUGUGGUGAGCAUGGCGCAUAGGCUGCCUGGUGAGGCUGCUGGCUUCCGCGGUGUUGUCAGCGGCCGAGAUCUUUGCCGCCUGGUGGACGGCGUCUGCAGGAUACCAGUGAACAGGUGGGACGUGGAUUCGCUGGCACCUCUACUCGGAGGUGAGGUCCCUGUCCCCUUCACGGCCCUGCUGACGGGCGCGGAGGCCUUCGAUGCCGCUGCCUUUGGCAUCAGCCCCGCCGAGGCCGCGCUGAUGGACCCGCAGCAGCGGCUGCUGCUAGAGUGCGUUGCGGAUGCCCUGACACGUGUCCCUCCAGGGCUGCUGUUGGCUCCGACGCCGGCCGUUGCUGCCGAAGCUGCCGUUGCUGGCCCCAGGUCCACGUGGGGCGCGUACGUGGGUGUUUCCUCCAACGACUACCGCGCCCUAACGAUGCGGGUGGCCCCGGCGGCGACGGCCUUCAACGCUACCGCCUCGGCACUGUCCGUCGCCUCCGGCCGGCUGUCGUACACCUUUGGCCUGCGUGGCCCCGCCGUCACCGUGGACACGGCCUGCUCGUCCAGUCUGGUGGCCGUGCACGGGGCGCUGGCGGCCAUGGCUUUGGGCGGCUGCGGUGCAGCGGUUGCGGCAGGUGUCAACCUAGCAUUAGGCCCGGAUACACCGCUGCACUUCCAGCGUGCUGGCAUGUUGUCGCCUGAAGGCAGGUGCAAGACGCUGGAUGCUUCCGCCGACGGCUACGUCCGAGCUGAGGCGGUGGGAGCUCUGUGCUUAAUGUCACUCGCGGCGGCGGCCGGUGGUGGCGGAGCUGCACCGCCAUCUGGCGCAGCUGCUCCGGGGCAGCCGCCGCCGCCGCUGGCGGUGUUGCUGGGCGCCGCCGUCAACCAGGACGGCCGCAGCAGCAGCCUCACCGCGCCCAACGGCCCCGCGCAACAGGAGGUCAUCCGGGCGGCUCUGGCCUCCGCCGACCUCCACCCCGUUGCCGUGAAGUCGCUGUCCAUGCACGGCACCGGCACACCUCUGGGGGACCCAAUUGAAGUCGGAGCGGCGGCGGCGGUCAUGUCGCCUGCGAACCACGCCCAAGUCCAAGAACUUAACAGCAAGCACACCAGCGUCGGAACUGCUGCUGCUGUUGCUGCUGCUGCACCAAGGUUUCUCACCCUCCUCUCCUCGAAGGCGUGGUACGGCCACUCAGAGCCCGGCGCGGGCGUUGUGGGAAUCGUACACGCACACGCAGCCCUGGCCCAAGCAACGGCUGUUCCGCUGGGCCACCUCCGUAACCUCAACCCCUAUGUAGCCAACGCUAUGGAGCUUUCCGCUGCCGCUGCGGCCGCGAGCGAUACCAACACAGCCACCUGGCAGAUUCCUCUUGGGGCGCAAGUGCUUGGCGGUGCCCUCUGUGGCAGCCGGGGCUCUUCGUCCGCCCCCCUGGAGUCUCUCAUCGCGGGCGUCAGCGCCUUUGCGUUCCAAGGCACCAACGCGCACGUGCUGCUGUCAUCCGUGGGCAGUUCCAGCAGCCUGGAGCAGAGCACCGGGUACAGCACCUUGGGCAUGCCGAAGCCGAAUACGGCAGGACCGGGCAACGGCGGAUUUGGCAUCGGCUACGAGUGGGAGCGGCGGCGACUGUGGGUUUUGCCGCCUCUGAGCGCCACGCUUGGCGCCGCUGCCGUUUCCGUCAGUAGUGCCACCAGUGGCAAGUGCACGUUCGAAGUUGCGGUAGGCUCCUCCCGCCGCCUCGCCUUCCUCCUUGAUCAUUAUGUCGGCGGGCGGCCUGUCGUACCGGCGGCGGCGCUGCUGGAGAUGUCCGCGGCGGCAGCCGUAGCCGUACUUGGGGCAGGCACGGGCAGUGAUGUCCUGAGCAGCAGCUCCGUACAGAAAGCGCGUGGGCUUGGUGCAGGCGGCACCUCGGCUACCCCCCCGCUGUCUCUAGCUCUCACCAACGUCCGCAUCCUCACGCCAGUGGUCAUGCAACAGCCUGCUGCUACUGCCCUCACGGGGCGAUCUGUGGCGGCGGCGAGGAACAGUCUUGUACUGCAAUGCGAGGUUGACAGCAGUAGCGGCACAGUCCGCAUCACCUCCAGCAACGGCGGCAUCGGUGCAGCCAAGCAGCGGCGGCUCCACGUCACCGGCAGCAUCGGUGUAGUGCCGUCACCUAUCGUCGCCGGCACCUCCGGCGCCUCCGACGCCAUCUCGUCCACCACGGCGCCCGUGCAGCCUGGAAUGACUCCUGGUCGCCUUGCCGCGCUGGCUCGUCUGCUGGGAAUGUGCUACCAACGCUCCGCAAGCAUGGGCACCAGUGUUGACACCGCCCGCCCGGCGGCGGCUGCUCUGCUGUCCCUACCCGCCUCCACUCCGGACUACCUCAUCCAUCCAGCAGUCUUGGAUGCAACCUUCCACCUAGGCGCCGUACGGCGGAACCUGUCUGCUCACGUGAUGGUGCCUGCAGGGGUGGACUGCUUGCUAUUGCCGCUGGCGGGCCUGCUAUCGCACGGCUCUCAGCCAUCUCUCGCUGACGGUGGCAACACGGCUUACUCAACAGCAGAAGGCAGCUGCCGUCUGGCCACAUGCAUCGCACAUGCGGCAGAUGAGACGGUAGCAGAAACUACAGCCGCUACUUCCAUUACGAGGACUGAUGUACGGCUGGAUGCGGCGGCAGCUGGGUUUGGCAGUGUGUUGUUGCGGGGCUUGGUUGCGAAGCCGCUGGGAACGCCGCCCCAGAUCACAGCGGCUCCGCAGCCACACGCCACCGCACUGGGUCACAUGACGACAAAGAAGCCUGAAGAUGAACCGACAGCCAUCAUUUCCUCAAUAAUUACCUACGCGACGAACCUCGUAGCGGAAGAGCCCGUGGCUGAAGACGGUGGCGAGUACCGCGAGACCACCACCACACCGCCACGCUUCCACCUGCGCUCUUCUAGGAGGUCGAGAGCCAUGGCAAUAUCCGCAACCGGGACCACGACCACGGCCAUGAUUGCAACCGGCGACAGCGUCCUGGAGUUCAGCCGCCUGGUCCCGUUGCUUCAGGCUGGGACCGCAAACCAGCAGAGCCGCAGUCCUAAACCCCAUGUGGUGUUGCCGUUCCGGGCAGCUGCUGUGGGAAUCUCGGCAUGUAGCCCAGCAGGCUCAGGCGCUCUCGGCAGUGUGGAGGGCCUGGUGCGCACGGUCGCGUCGGAGCUACCUGGCAUGGGACUAACUGCGCGUGUAGAUGCAUCGGUUUCGGACCAAGUUACCGUUGUGGAACAGCAAAUGGAGGAUGGUAGCGGGAGCCGUGGCUACAGUUCACUCGGGGUGCAACCUGAGAAGUACCAGAGCGGGUUAGUGGGAUUCCGCCCGCGUCUGCUGGAGACGCUUAGCACAGUGGCAGGUGUUGGUGCGGACUUCCAGCUUGUUCCCCGGCCUCGUGGCGCCCUGGGCAACUUGGUGCCGCAGCCGCUGGCCUGCCCCACCACCGGGGAGGAGGGUGCGGUGCCGUCGGGCAAGGUGGCGCUGCGGGUGCGGGCCGUGGGGGUCAACUUCAGAGAUGUGCUCAACGUGCUGGGGAUGUACCCGGGAGAUCCGGGGGCACCUGGAGGAGACUGCGCGGGCGUGGUGGUGGCGGCGGGUGCGGGUGUGGAUGAUGCGGCGCUGCUGCCGCCCGGCACGGCCGUGUUCGGCCUGGCAGCCGGCAGCUUGGGGACGCUGGUGCACAGCAGCCCGCACACGCUGGUGGCGAUGCCGGGAUGCCUGAGCUUCGAGGAGGCGGCCACCAUGCCCACAGUCUUCAUCACGGCGCACCAGGUCUUUGGCGACGCCGCCGGGCUGCGGCCUGGAGAGCGUGUGCUGGUGCACGGUGCCACAGGCGGUGUGGGACUCGCGUCACUGCAGGUGGUGGGCGCACUGGGCGGCGAGGUGGUGGCCACCGCCGGCAGCCCGUCCAAGCGCGCGCUGCUGCGGGGCCUGGGAGUGCGCCACGUGUCCACCAGCCGCGAUCUGGGCUUCGUGGAGGAGCUGACGGCGCGGCGCAUCAGCGGCCGCGGCGGUGUUGUGGACGUGGCGCUCAACACGCUGACCAGCCCCGGCCUGGUGUCCGCGACACUGAGCCUGCUGCGCCGCGGCGGCCGCUUCGUGGAGAUCAGCAAGCGCGACAUCGUGUCCGUGCCCCGCCUGCAGAGCGAGCGGCCUGACGUGGCGGCUUCCUUCGUGGCCGUGGACUUCCUGCCUGACACCGCAGUCCAGUCCGCCAUGAUGCGCGUGGCUGCGGGUGUCAGCCGCGGCCAGCUGCGCCCGCUGCCCCAGGCCGCCCACUCUCUGAGCAACGUCGCUGCGGCGCUUCGUCAGAUAUCGCAGGCGCGGCACGUGGGCAAGGUGGUGGUGUUCAAUCCGCAGCAGCAGCCUCUGGCCAGUCCGUCAGGCCGCGUGAUCAUCAGCGGCGGCCUGGGCUCGCUGGGUCUGCUCCUGGCAUCCUGGCUGUCGCGGCAGCAUGCCGGUGGCCACAUCCAGCUGCUAGGCCGCUCGGGCCGGGCCGAAGGAGGCGCCACCGAGGCGGCUCUGACACGGAUUCUGAAUCACUCACAAGGUAUCAUUGAGGUCAUCAAAGCCGAUGUAUCCAGCGCCGAAGAUUGCAGCCUGGUGUUCGCACCGACCUCAGCCACUGUCAAGCCCGUGCUUGCAGUGCUGCAUGCCGGCGGUGUCCUGGCCGACGCAAUCCUCCGAAACCAGACUGCCGCUAGCGCCCGCCGCGUGUUUGCUCCCAAGCUGGCUCAGCUGUCCCGCUGGGCUGGCCUCGUCUCGCAGCAGCCGGGUGCCUCGCACGUGCUGUUCUCCUCCGUGGCUUCUCUGCUCGGCUCACCCGGACAGGCCAACUACAGCGCCGCCAACGCCGGGCUGGACGCUGCCGCCGCCGCGCUGUCGGACCGCGGGCUGAGCUUCGUCAGCAUGCAGUGGGGCGCGUGGGCGGGUGGCGGCAUGGCGGCUCAUGACGCGCAGACGGCGGCUCGUGUGGAGCGCAUGGGCAUGUCGCUCAUCCAGCCACAACAGGGACUGGCGGCGCUGGCGUCCGUGCUGGAGGCUUUCGCUAGGGGCCCCGCCACCGCCCCUCCUCCUGUCGUGGCGGCGGUUCCCUUCAACUGGCCCACGUUCUUGCAGCGCCGUCUCCUCCAGGAGCCAGGCCGUGCUGCUGCCGCCAUCCCAUCCUUCUUUGAAUCCUUUGCAGCUACCGGUCAAUCUGCACCGAAAUCCCCGGAAUCGGGCCGCCUCGAGCCGUCCGUUACCGCGGCGUCGCAGAGGAGGCCAGCUCGUCGCCGUGCUGUGUCCACGGGUAGGCGGCCGAGCCCUGCGACCCGCGGUGCAGCCCCGGCCGCGAUUCAGCAAGGCGUCUUGGACGCAGUGGCUGGUAUUCUGGGCCCUGAUGGCGCAGCGGCGUUGUCACCGGAGGCACCAUUGAUGGAGGCUGGCUUGGACAGCCUGGGCGCCAGCGAGCUACGAACAUCCCUGGAGUCGUCGUUCGGGGUCCCGCUGCCUAGCACCUUAGUUUUCGAUCACCCCACGGUCGCCGCCAUCGCUGCAUUAUUGGAGCAGCGCACAGUCCUGGCAAGGGAUGCAAUGGAUGCAGAGGACCGAGGAGAGGCGGGAGUAGUGGAGGCUGGCGAGCGCCGGCAGCUCCACCUCCGCCCGCCUGUCGGUGCCGCACGUCGACCUCGGCGCCGCAGCAGUGCGGCGGCUUUAGGGGACGACGACGAUGAUGAGCUUCCUUCCACGGCAUUGCUUGCCCCACGGCAACGCGGGGAGCAAUUCCUGGACAUCCAACGAAAGGUCUCUGACGCAGUCGCCGGUAUACUGGGCACCACCAGCACGGACCUCUCCGCGGAAUCCCCCCUAAUGGAGGCUGGUCUGGACAGCCUGGGUGCCAGCGAGCUACGGACGUCCCUGGAGUCAUCGUUCGGAGUCUCGCUGCCUAGCACCUUAGUCUUCGACCACCCGACCGUGGCGGCCAUCUCCGCUUACGUCAGCAGCAAGCUCCCGCUGCAUCACCAGCGUUCCACCGACACCGCUUCUCAUUACUAUGAUAGCAGCGCUGAAGAAUCGGUCUAUCUGGAGGCAAACGAUGAUGAUGAUGAGUGGGAUGGGAGAGCGCAACACGUUCUCGUGAGGGACGCUGCGGUUGGCCGGGUACCGGGUGCUGGGUUGCCGCCGGUUGCAGCAGCAGCGGCUGUGAAUCCGGUGGUGGUGGGUGUUGUGUCGCAGGCCUUCCGCCUGCCGUUAGACACCGCCACGGGAGUGGACCUCACUGUCGCCACACACGCCUGCGACGCCGUCAAUCCGGUGCCCCUGGAACGGUGGGACGUCGACAGCGGCGCUGUCGUCGCACUGUCCGGGGGCCCUGGCGGUCCCAGCAGCGGGGCUGCGCUGCCGGCACGCUUUGGCAGCUUCCUGCUGGGUUGUGCGGAUCUCUUCGACGCCGCAGCCUUUGGAAUCAGUCCAACCGAGGCAGCGCUGAUGGACCCGCAGCAGCGCCUGUUGCUAGAGGUCAUGUACGAGGCGCUGCUCGUUGCACCGGCGGUAUCGCCACUGCCAGCUGCCGCCUCAGCUGGCAACGGUGGCGCGGCAGUGGCCGCGCCAGGAUUGCGGGACCGCAGCCGCUUUGGCGUGUUUGUGGGCGUCUCCUCUCCUGACUACAUGAAGCUGACGAUGAUCGCCAAGCAGAGCGUCACGGCAUACAGCGCCACAGGCGCGACGCUCUCGGUCGCCUCCGGCCGGCUGUCGUACACCUUUGGCCUGCGUGGCCCCGCCGUCACCGUGGACACGGCCUGCUCGUCCAGUCUGGUGGCGGAACAGGCAGCCCACACGGCGCUGUUGUACGGCCAGGCGGAGGCUGCGGCGGUGUGCGGCGUCAACCUCACUUUGUCACCUGACACGACCGCCAUGUUCCACCGUGCAGGCAUGCUGUCGCCUGAGGGCCGGUGCAAGACACUGGACGCCGCCGCCGACGGCUACGUCCGUGGGGAGGCAGUGGGUGUGCUGGUGCUCAGCACCGUAAGGAACGACACCAGCAGCGGGCCGCCGCCUCCGCUGGUGGCGGUGUUGCUGGGCGCCGCCGUCAACCAGGACGGCCGCAGCAGCAGCCUCACCGCACCCAACGGCCCCGCGCAACAGGAGGUCAUCCGAGCGGCUCUGGCCUCCGCCGACCUGCACCCCGCUGCCGUGACGUCGCUGUCCAUGCACGGCACCGGCACACCUCUGGGGGACCCAAUUGAAGUCGGAGCGGCGGCGGCGGUGCUGCGUAGUAACACCCUUGGCGGCGGCAGAGCCCGAGCCGGAGGGCAUCGCCGUGCUCCCUUGCUGCUGACCGCAAGCAAGUCAUGGAUGGGUCACUCCGAACCGGCCUCAGGUGUGGUGGGUAUGCUGCACUCCGCCAAGCUGGCUGCUUUGCGGAUGGUGCUCCCCAUUACACACCUCAUCAACGUCAGUCCCAACAUCCGAGAGAUUUUUGACACCACCGCCGACGCUACAGGCGGCUGGGCGGCGCCACGACAGGCCAGCCCCCUGCCGUGGCCGGUCGGUUCCGGUGACCAAGCAGACGAAAUGGCCGCUAUCUGCGGCGUCAGCGCCUUCGCGUUCCAGGGCACAAACGCGCACGUGCUGCUGAAGGCCACCGCUGCUGUUGCUGCUGAGACGGUCGUGAACGACGGCUUCCGCCGCGCAUAUGACGGCCAGCAGUGUCACCGGGCAAGCCACUGGGUCACGCCGCGUCCGGCUCUGGAGCUGGCACAGGGCGUGCAGCUCAGCGGCCGCCGCCCGAUUGGCAGUGUUACUUCCACCGUCGCCACGUUCCAUGUGCAGCUGUCCUCGCCACGGCUGGCAGCCAUGUGGGAUCACCGUGUCAAUGGCCGGGCGGUCUUCCCAGCAGCAGGGUACCUAGAAAUGGCGGCAGCCGCCGCUACGCUGAUCUCCGGCGGCAGCGGCAGCGGCAGCGGUGGUGGUGACGGGCGCAACCUAUCAGUGGUGCUGAGCGAUAUCGCCAUCCCGGCGCCGCUGCUGCUGCCCCCGCCAACUGCGUCGGCAGCUGCGGACGUGACGCUGGAAUGCAGCGUGGAGCUCAGGACGGGCAGGCUUACCAUUGCCUCCGUGUCGGCUCCGUCGUCCUCGGCGGCAGCUCCGUCGUAUCGUCUCCGCCGUUCCGUUCAUAUAACGGCAACGUUGGCGGCGGCCGCGGCCGGGGCUAAUGUCGCCGGCGACGACGUGCUAGCGGCGGUUGGAAAACAUGAAGCCGAACCUGUCGUGCCCCCAUUCCUGCGACAACUGCUCGCAUCCUACCUGACGGUGGCGUCGGGCGGUCAAGCCAGUUGCGGGCCGGGUCCGGCCGGAGCAUCCGCGGUCGCUGAAGUGCUGCUUGGGGCCGGUGGCGCCGACGGCUUCAUGCUGCAUCCCUGUACCUUGGACAGCGUGUUGCAACUCGCUGCAGCUGGACAGAUCAGCGAUGAUUCAGAGCGACAGGCCGCCAAGGUCCCUAUCCGCAUUGGCGCCUUCCUGAUCAAUGGCGGCGGCAGCGGCGGCGGCGGCGGCGGUUACCGCAGCUCUGGAAGUGGCAGCUCCAACAUGGCGCAUGGUCCGCAGAGUGAAACAGCUCCUAGGGGCUGCGUCUUCGCCAUCGCAGCCCCGGCGUCUGCUGCCACAGAAGCCAAGAGCUUCACCGAUUAUCGCGUCCAGUCUGCAAUGGCCACCGGCUUCGCCGCCAGCGUGUUGGGCCUGGAGGCAAGCAGUGUCGGCCGCAGGCCCAGCCAGCCGCAUGCUGCGAACGCCGCCGCCUCAGCCGCAGCCGCCGCAGCCGCAGCAGCAGCACCUGUCGCUGCUCUGUCGGCACCUUCACCACCGGCCCCUGCCGGCGGCGACAUCACCUACUCCACGGAGUGGGUCGUCAGCACCCCCAUGGAGCUGCUGGACACGGGGAUGACGAAUCGGGAUCUCAUCGGGAAGCUCCUUUUGGAUCAAAAGCAGCAUGUCACAGAAGUGCCUGCGGCUGAGGCCGUGGGCACGGUGUUGGGUGCAUUGCAGCAGGGAUUGGGGGGAGGUGCACCACUAGGCGUCACGGUGCCGGCAGAUGCUGGCCUCGCUAUGUAUGCCGCGUCUCGACCGGCGACUGAGCGUUCAUCAUCCCUGCCUGUGUUGCACAGCAUGCUGACAGGUCUGCUGCGUGCUGUUGCCGCUGAGGCGCAGCCUGUACCUCGGGCUGUGAUGAAUGCUGCAGUGGAGGCAGACCAGGUGGCCCUUCACACCGGCACUAAACUGCUGGUAGAUGUAUAUGAUACCGUGGGCGCAGCAGGAGUAAAUCUGGAAGCGAGGCUAGCGCCUGUGCUUCCAGGUGCAGGACAGGACAAGGUUUUCCAGCUUGUUCCCCGGCCUCGUGGCGCUCUGGGCAACUUGGUGCCGCAGCCGCUGGCCUGCCCCACCACCGGGGAGGAGGGUGCGGUGCCGGCUGGCAAGGUGGCGCUGCGGGUGCGGGCCGUGGGGGUCAACUUCAGAGAUGUGCUCAACGUGCUGGGGAUGUACCCGGGAGAUCCGGGGGCACCAGGAGGAGACUGCGCGGGCGUGGUGGUGGCAGCGGGUGCGGGUGUGGAUGAUGCGGCGCUGCUGCCGCCCGGCACGGCCGUGUUCGGCCUGGCAGCCGGCAGCUUGGGGACGCUGGUGCACAGCAGCCCGCACACACUGGUGGCGAUGCCGGGAUGCCUGAGCUUCGAGGAGGCGGCCACCAUGCCCACAGUCUUCAUCACGGCGCACCAGGUCUUUGGCGACGCCGCCGGGCUGCGGCCUGGCGAGCGUGUGCUGGUGCACGGUGCCACAGGCGGCGUGGGACUCGCGUCACUGCAGGUGGUGGGCGCACUGGGCGGCGAGGUGGUGGCCACCGCCGGCAGCCCGUCCAAGCGCGCGCUGCUGCGGGGCCUGGGAGUGCGCCACGUGUCCACCAGCCGCGAUCUGGGCUUCGUGGAGGAGCUGACGGCGCGGUGCAUCUGCGGCCGCGGCGGUGUUGUGGACGUGGCGCUCAACACGCUGACCAGCCCCGGCCUGGUGUCCGCGACACUGAGCCUGCUGCGCCGCGGCGGCCGCUUCGUGGAGAUCAGCAAGCGCGACAUCGUGUCCGUGUCCCGCCUGCAGAGCGAGCGGCCUGACGUGGCGGCUUCCUUCGUGGCCGUGGACUUCCUGCCUGACACCGCAGUCCAGUCCGCCAUGAUGCGCGUGGCUGCGGGUGUCAGCCGCGGCCAGCUGCGCCCGCUGCCCCAGGCCGCCCACUCUCUGAGCAAUGUCGCUGCGGCGCUUCGUCAGAUGUCGCAGGCGCGGCACGUGGGCAAGGUGGUGGUGUUCAAUCCGCAGCAGCAGCCUCUGGCCAGUCCGUCAGGCCGCGUGAUCAUCAGCGGCGGCCUGGGCUCGCUGGGUCUGCUUCUGGCGUCCUGGCUGUCGCGGCAGCAUGCCGGUGGCCACAUCCAGCUGCUAGGCCGCUCGGGCCGGGCCGAGGGAGGCGCCUCCGAGGCGGCUCUGACACGGAUUCUGGAUCACUCACAAGGUAUCAUUGAGGUCAUCAAAGCCGAUGUAUCCAGCGCCGAAGAUUGCAGCCUGGUGUUCGCACCGAUCUCAGCCACUGUCAAGCCCGUGCUUGCAGUGCUGCAUGCCGGCGGUGUCCUGGCCGACGCAAUCCUCCGAAACCAGACUGCCGCUAGCGCCCGCCGCGUGUUUGCUCCCAAGCUGGCUCAGCUGUCCCGCUGGGCUGGCCUCGUCUCGCAGCAGCCGGGUGCCUCGCACGUGCUGUUCUCCUCCGUGGCUUCUCUGCUCGGCUCACCCGGACAGGCCAACUACAGCGCCGCCAACGCCGGACUGGACGCUGCCGCCGCCGCGCUGUCGGACCGCGGGCUGAGCUUCGUCAGCAUGCAGUGGGGCGCGUGGGCGGGUGGCGGCAUGGCGGCUCAUGACGCGCAGACGGCGGCUCGUGUGGAGCGCAUGGGCAUGUCGCUCAUCCAGCCACAACAGGGACUGGCGGCGCUGGAAGCGGCUCUCACCCAGGUACCCACUGCAUUCAAACCCACGGUGGCUGCGAUACCUUUCUCUUGGCCCGUGUUUCUGCGGAAUCGCCGGACACCUCAGGCGUUCUUCUCUAACUUUGAGGGACUUGUGGCGGCGCCUGCUCGCAAAACGAGCACGGCGAGUGUCGCUGAUCCCGAGGGUAGGCGAGUCCGUCGUCUCACCUCAGGCACGGGCCGCCGCGCCACGCCUAGCCCCGGCCCCGGUCGUCGCCUGCAGGGGGCCCCAACCAGCCGGACCCUCAGCAGCGACGGUGUUCGCGACGCUAUGGCUGAGGCAGCUCGCAUGCAGGCAACCUUGGCGGCGGUUCAGGAGGCCGUGCGUGGUGUGGUGGGUUCCUCUGUUGCCCCCGAUGCGCCGCUGAUGAGCUCGGGCCUUGACAGUCUGGGAGCAGUGGAGCUGAGAAACGCACUGGAAGGUCGGCUGGGUGUUCAGUUGCCCAGCACGCUGGUGUUUGACUACCCCACCCCGGCUGCGAUUGCUGGGUACAUCUCCUCCCUGUCCACUGCAUCUAGCGAUGCGGCUGCAGCAGAAGUCCUGCAGCAGGAGGGGUCUGCACUGCCCAGCCGAGCCGCAACUGGCGGCCUUUCAACCAUUAUGGAGGCUUCAGCUGCGCCUAGUCGCAGGAUAAGCGGCUUAGGUGCAGUUAUUGACGCUGGGGUCGUGGCCAGGCGCAGGUCGAGUCAAAGUCGGUCCUUACGGCCCUUUGAACGGCGCAGUGGGAGCCGCACUGCCAGCCGCACUACGAGCCGGGUUGACAGCACGGCUGCUGGCCAAGAACAAGCACAGGCUAAUACCCUGGCGGCAGUUCAGGAGGCCGUGCGUGGAGUGGUGGGUUCCUCUGUUGCUCCCGACGCGCCGCUGAUGAGCUCGGGCCUGGACAGCUUAGGCGCGGUGGAGCUGAGGAACGCACUGGAAGGUCGACUGGGUGUUCAGUUGCCCAGCACGCUGGUGUUUGACUAUCCCACCCCGGCUGCGAUUGCUGGGUACAUCUCCUCCCUGGCUGCUUUGCCUGGCGGUGAUGCGGCCGUGGGGGAGCCACGGAGUCCGACCCGAGCAGCGGCGCGGCAAGAGGAGGAGCAACAGCCGGCGGAGGAAGAGGAAUUCCAGUCGUUCUCCGGAGAGGAGGAAGAGGAGGGAAGGUUAGAGAGGGAGGAGUCCUGGUUCAGCGCCGUCGCCGUUCGUCCGUCUCGGUCGCGGGUCUCUCGGAUCCCGCUCUCUGCCCUGGUGUCUGAGGAGGUUGGGAGUCACAGUAUCGCCAGCAGCAGCUUCAGCGGAGUCUCUAUGGUGGACGGUCCUCGACUGCCCAUUGUGGGAGUGCUGGCAGUGGCGUCACGCAGCGCGGCGGACGCGCUCAGCCGCGUGCAUGGAACGGACGCAUCGCUGAGAGUUCCGCUUAGCCGGUGGGAGGUUGAGGACCAGGUGACACGACUGGGUGGGCAGUUGCCGGUCCAGUUCGGCGCCUUCCUGCCCGCCGUCGACCUCUUCGACGCCGCUGCUUUCGGCGUUAGCGCCCCUGAAGCGGCGCUCAUGGACCCACAGCAGCGCCUGCUGCUCGAGUGUGCUGCGGAAGCGCUCUCCCUCUCGACUCCCUCCGACACCACCGCCACCACAACCACCGCCACUAGCUCCUCUGCCGCAGACUGGCGCCAGCGUGCAGGGGCCUACGUGGGCAUUUCUUCCAUGGACUACAACAAGCUAGCCCUGCGCCAUGUCCCGACCGCAUCUGCCUUCGCCGCCACUGGCGCCAGCCUGUCCGUAGCGCCUGGCCGGCUCUCCUACACCUUUGGCCUGUGUGGUCCCGCCCUCGCCAUUGACACGGCCUGCUCGUCUAGCUUAGUAGCAGCUCACACCGCGCUCAAUGCGCUGUUGCUGGGGCAGGUGGAGGCGGCGGUAGUGGCGGGUGUUAACCUGACGCUAUCGCCGGACACACCGGCCGCCUUCCAGAAGGCGGGUAUGCUGUCGGCCGACGGCCGCUGCAAGACCCUGGACGCUUCCGCUGAUGGCUACGUGCGUGGAGAGGCGGUGGGCGUGUUCCUCCUGAGAGCCUUCCCGGAACUGGAGCAGGACAGCGCUGGCAGUGCAAUAGAAGCGCGGUGGCAGCAGCCCGUCGCGUGGAUCGUCGGUGGCGCCGUCAACCAGGACGGCCGUAGCAGCAGCCUCACCGCGCCCAACGGCCCCGCGCAACAGGCGGUGGUGCGGGCAGCGCUGGCGGAGGCGGGGCUGUGGGCAUUCUCUGUCCGCACGUUGCAGAUGCACGGUACCGGCACACCGCUGGGUGACCCCAUCGAGGUGGGGGCCAUCGCAGCGGUCUUCGCAGAGCCUCAGUCGCCGCCUGGACAGCCGCCAACUCCAACUCCAACUCCAACGCUAAUGCCGCUAACUUUGGCAGCUUCCAAGUCUUGGCUUGGGCAUGCUGAGCCUGGCGCCGGCACGCAGGGCCUGAUCCAUUCCGCCACCGGCCUCAUCCAGCGUGCCGAGCUGGAGCUGCUCCACUUGCGCGCUCUCAACCCGUACGUCACCAGCGCCUUGGACAACACCGGCCCCAGUGCCGCGCUCUUCCGUGCGCCGCGCCAGCUGGGACCAAAGCCACUAAGCCCCAUUCAGCCGCUGCCUCGCAGCCUAAGCGGGGCCGAGGAGGGCUCCGUAAACUUAUCCUCAAACGGCGGCUCGGGUGACCUGGGAGCGGACGAGCUGGCUAUCUGUGGCGUCAGCGCCUUCGCCUUCCAGGGCACCAACGCGCACGUGCUGAUCGCGACCAUGGCUACCGUUACCACCUCUACCAGCCGCGGCGCUGCGGCUGGUGCAGCGCAGGCGCGUGGCUGCGUGUGGCAUCGCCGCCGGCACUGGCUGCACCCGCCGACCACGCGACUACUGCGAUGGGCUGCCGCCGCUCCCCCCGCAGGCCGAGCUGUCGCGCGGCCGCUGUUCUUAUUUGAAACACCGCUGUGUUGGCCAUCCCUGGCACCCAUGGCGGCGGUUUGCUUGCGAAGUCCGGCAACUGGCAGUAGCAGCAGCAACAGCACCCACGUCCUUGCGUCGUCGCUGGCCGUAGCGGUCGCGGCUGCUGCUGCACAGGUCGCGCUGUUAGCGACGGGCGCUGUGGACGGCAGCCCGGGUGUUGCAUUGAUGAAUGGCGUUUUUCGGCUACGCAACGCGGUGCUGCAUCGCGCUGGUGGCGAGCAAAGACCCAAUGCUGAAGUCGCAAGUUCGAUUCCUGAUGCUGACGCUAUUAGAGGGGCUGCACUGCUGUGCACGUUGGAUGGUGCGACGGGUAACUUGGAGGUGGCACUUUCCUCACCAGCUACCAACCUGGUGCCGGUGCCAGUGUUCACUGCCUCAGUCGCGCAGGUAAAGUCCGCACAGUCCGCGAUCCCAGCAAGCAACAGGACCACCAGAACCGACUCUGCUGCUGACGCUUCCAUCGACGCCCCACUGGCUGCACUUGCGGCUGCAAUAUCGGGCUUCUGCGGACGGCACCAUCCACAGCUGCCAGCGCCGGAAUCGCCCUCCCUCUUCAGCAUUGCAACGGCUGGCGGUGCUGUGGACUGUGGUCGUGCUUUGGGCGACGCCAGCGCUCAUGCAGCAGCUGCAGCCGCGGCGGCCAAGGUCGAAGCGGAUGAGGAGCAGGGCGUCCACCUGGCUAGCUGGGUCGCUACCGCCCUGCAGCUCCAGUCCCCAGCGUCCGCUGCUGCUGCUGCCGCCGCGCUGGAGGGUUUUGAGAUAUGCACACUUCCCUCCGUGACCAUUACAAGCGGCAACGCCGCUGCCGAUGCUUCAUGCACUACCGGCUGCGCCCUCCGGGGUCAGGUCCUGUACGGCCCUGAUGUGGUGUUACGUAUUCAGGGCCUGCGGACCGUGGACGUCGUAACCGCCGUGCGAGAUGCCGCUGCCGCUGCUGCCGCCGCCGCCGGCGUUACUGCUAAGAUGGUGAUGGAGGCUGAGAGAAUGGCAGCAGCAGCUGCGGAUUUUGAGGAUGUGGACUGUUUGGACGAUGCGGAGGAGGAGACGCUGUACGUGGUGGAGUGGCAGGUGGACGAGCCUGCAGAGGAGCUGGAUCCAGAGCAACAGCAGCCGCAGGCGGGAGCAGUACCCGCGGGCGGGAGCAGUGCGGCGCUGGGAUGCCCGCCAGGCCGUGGGUUGGACACGCUACCCGGUGUCGCCAAAUCCCUGGCUGCGCUUCAAGGCCUCACAUCCGAUGCGCCAAACAUGCCCCAACUCCAACUCAUGACCUGCGCCGCCCACCAUGACGCAUUGAACUUCCCCAGCCGUAACGUCGCUGCAGCAGCGGCGGCGGUGGCUGCAGCGGCAACCGGGCGGGCCGGCAGCGCCGCUGGCGUGAGCACCGCUGCUUGGGCUCUGUCCCGCACGCUGCUGCAGGAGCGACCUGGGACGUCGCUGAUCGCCUCAGACUCGGCGCCUCUGGGGCCGUGGUUCCGGAGCCAGAUCACCGUCGGUGCCGGCGGCGGGAGCGGUGGUGUACAUAGCAUGCUGGCGGCCGUAGACUGGACGAGCCGUUCCGCCGAGGGCCCCGCCGCCGUGAGCAGCAGCCAAGCCUCCUCAAACAAGUACGGUCAGACUGAUGCAGCUGGCGUUUCAUACACGGCGCGUUUAGUUACAGCACCACGCGUUGGUCCUGGUGCCACCAAAGCUCUGCUGCCAGGAACCCCGGCUUCGGAGCUCAGCUCUUCACUGCCCCGGGAUGGUGUCUACAUCGUCACCGGCGGCUCCGGCAUGGCGGCGGCACAUGUCGCACGCUGGCUGGCGGCGUGCGGUGUACGGCAUGUCCACCUCGUCAGCCGCAGCGGCGCCCUGCCUGCGGGCCUUCUGCCGCUACCACCGCCGCCACUGCUUUCGGCAGCGUCACUAGGCGCGUCUCGAGAACCCAGUCAAGCCUUCAACACAGCCAUUACGGCCUCCAAAGCUGACAUGAGCAGCGCUGAGGCCGCUGCUUGGUUGUUCUCCUCCUCGGCUGGAUCUCCUGGUAUUGACGCCUUGGCGGAAGCCGAGGCCGAUGCACUGGCGCAGCCGUGGCAACCGUUGCCGGUUCUGGGCGUCUUCCACGCCUCCGGAGUACUGGAGGACUCACUGCUACAGAGCGUGACCCUCGCUUCCACCCGUCGCGUCGUCGCCGCUAAGGCCGGCGGCCUAGCCGCAUGGCUGGACGCCGCCGUCCGCCACCCCGCCGCAUCGCACGUGCUGUUCUCCUCCGUCGCGUCACUGCUGGGCUCACCCGGCCAGGCCAACUACAGCGCCGCCAAUGCGCUGCUCGACGCCGCCGCUUUGGCGGCGGCGGCGGCAGGCCAGCCGGUGGUAUCCGUUCAGUUCGGCGCCUGGGCCGGUGCAGGCAUGGCGGUACGGCAUAGCGGUACAGCGGCCCGACUAGAACGCAUGGGGCUAGGCAUGCUGCGGCCAGAGCAGGCGCUCAGCGCGCUGGAGGCUGCCGUAAAUUCCCAGAGCUCUGUAGCAGGGGCGUCAGCCGGUGUAUUUCCCGUCACCGUCGCUAACCCGUUCCGGUGGCGUGCCUUUAUCCGGAACCUCGAGCAGCAGCAGCAGCAGCAGCAGCAACGGGCUUUCACUGCGUCCGCCGGCACCUCGAUGGCUGACUGUUCCAAACCUACACCCGCUUUUUUCUCCGCCUUCGCUCGGCACGCCAUGCCCGCCGCACCCGCCAUCACAGGCUCAGCGGCGGCAUCAGGCGCCGCCCCGGCGACGGCAUCGCCGCGGCCUGCGUCCCGCCGUGCGCAGGUGGAUGUGGAUGUGGCGGCGGUUGUUGCCGCUGCCGUAGGGGAAAUCCUUGGCGGCAGCGGCGCCGCUGCAGCCGACAGUGUCUCACCGCACCAGCCCCUCAUGGCCGCUGGCCUGGACAGUCUGGGCGCCGUAGAGCUCACACGCUCUUUGGAAUCUAGUCUUGGCCUGCAGCUGCCACAGACGCUAGUAUUUGACCACCCCACCAUUGCAGCGUUGACGGAGCACCUUGAGGCUCUACUGAAGGGACCAGAAUUCGCCUUACCGAACGUCACGGCAGGUGUACGCGCACGUGGGGAAGAAGUGGAGACGAGGGGGGAGGUGUAUGCUGGAAGGGCAAACCGCCCUCGGCACUACUACCCACGGGCAGUGGAUGGCGCUGCCUCCGGCACGGUUGCGAUGCGGGGUUCUUCACCGCAAGCGGCGCCUUCAUCAACGGUGCCAGUGGUGGUCAUCAGGUCGCUGGUGCAGCGAAUGCCACAGCCCGUCGGUGUUGCCGCCGACCCUGUCGACUUGGUGCCGUACAGCCGCUGGGACAUCGACGCCAGUCCGGCGCGGGCCCUGGAUGCGCGUUUCGGCGCCUUCCUGCCGGCUGUCGACGUAUUCGAUGCGCAGUUGUUCGGCAUUGCCGACGCCGAGGCGGCGCUGCUUGACCCGCAGCAGCGACUGCUGCUGGAGGGGUUGUACGAGGCCAUGAAGGCGACAACGGCGCCGCCGUCGCCCCUGCUGCCGCAGCGCGGCGCAACCCGAUCCUCAUUGCAGCGCCCGAUGGGCACCUACGUCGGCGUGGCGUCGUCGGACUACGGCGCGCUAGUCAAAGCGCACGGCGGCUCCCCAGGAGCUUUCCACGCUACCUCCAACGCGCUCAGCGUCACUGCGGGCCGCCUGUCGUACACAUUCGGACUGUCAGGUCCCUCUCUGGCGAUCGACACGGCCUGCUCCGCCUCCCUGGUGGCUACCGCCCUGGCGCACCGGGCUGUGCUGGCGGGCGAGGUGCACGAGGCGGCGGUGGCGGGUGUGCACGUGCAGGCCACGCCCACGUCGUCCUCCUACGUUUGGGCAGCAGGCAUGCUGUCACCACAGGGCAGGUGCCAGGUGCUGGACUCAGCCGCGGACGGCUACGUCAUGAUCAUAGCCGCCGAGGCGCCGGGCUCCGUGGCGUCGUCAGCAGCCGAUGCAGCACGCCCGCCGCCGCUGGCGGUGUUGCUGGGCGCCGCCGUCAACCAGGACGGCCGCAGCAGCAGCCUCACCGCACCCAACGGCCCCGCUCAGCAGGCGGUGGUGCGGGCAGCACUGGCGGAGGCGGGACGCGUCGCGGGCGAGCUGAGCCUGCUGUCCAUGCAUGGAACCGGCACCCCGUUGGGCGACCCAAUCGAGGUCAGCGCCUUCGCCGCCGUCCUGUCCUCCUCCUCCGCGCCAUCUCCAUUCGCCUCCCCCACCGUUGGAUCCCAUCCGACCUUUGGACCCGUAUCGCUGGCAGCCUCCAAGUCGCACCACGGCCAUGCGGAGCCCGGUGCGGGCCUGGUGGCGCUGUCGCACGCGGCCCUGGCCCUGCAGGCCGCGUCCCGACCGCAGCUGCUGCACCUGCGCAGCCUCAACCCCAGCGCGGCAGCUGCGUUGGAGACGGCGCAGGCGGCGGCGGCGGCGGGAGGAGUUGUCGGCAGCAUCGGUGACAACAGCAGCGAAGCGGUUUACGGGGCGAUGCUCCUGGCGGCUGGGCGCAGUUUGGGCCCGCUGGUGGCGCCGACAAGCACCACUGUCGUUGCGGAUCUCAAUUCCCACAAACUCUCUUCGGUAGCGGCGGAGACAGCGCUUCUCGCCGGCGUCAGCUCCUUCGCCUUCAUGGGUACGAACGCCCACGUCGUCAUCGCCGCGGCUGCGACAGAGCCCCAGUCCGCCUGCAGUGGCGCUGCCGCGUCGGCAGAGGCAGCAGAGGCUGGCAGCCGCCUGCAGUGGCGCCGCCGUAACCACUGGUGCGUGGCGGCAGAGCCGCACCUCCUCGCGGCGAAGGUGCUGCGGUACAGUACGGCUGCGGCAGCCUCUGUCACCCUGCAGGGUGACCUCUCCCAUCCCCGCCUGUCGUACCUAUGGCAACACGUCGUCUCUGGCAAGCAUGUUCUUCCCGGGGCGGCGUAUAUGGAGAUGGCUACUGCCGCCGCCCGAGCGCUUUUGCUGCCGCACGGCUUCACGGCCGAGUACGGAAGCGGCGACGUUAGUUCGCACUCGGUCGUCAUCCAGGACGCUGCCAUCCCGUCGCCGCUGAUCCUGCCUGCUCUAGGUGGCAGUAGCGGCGGCGGCAGCGGUGCUCCGCUGCUGUACUGCAAGCUGGAUCUGGCCGCCGGUCGGUUGGCGGUCUUCACGAGGAGCCGCCGUGGCGGCGCGCAGACCGUACAUCUACGUGCUUCUGUGGCACUUGUACGACGACAUGAUGCAGCGGCGGCCACAAGGCCCGACGCCGCUACCUCUACCAACAACACCGCAAUGGCUUCUCUUGGAAGAGUCCUAUGUAAUCUCCAAACGGCAUCGCCACCCGCGGCGGCAGAGCAGCCUCUGUCCGUUGCAGGCAUCAGCUGCGGCAACCAGAAGCUACCACAACCGCUUUCGCCGCUUUGGCGACCCGCCGCUACCGCCACAAUGCUACAGCCGCAUCUGGCUGACGACGCCACGGCAGUUGCAUCCUACGCCGCCUGCAGCGACGGGCUGCUGUUGGGCGUCGGGCUGCUCGACAGCUUCUUGCAGCUCGGUCAGGUCUUCAUCCAGCGUGACGACCGUACGGCAGCGUCGGGAAUCUAUGUGCCGUCGGGCUUCGGUGCGUUGCUGGUCCCCACGACCGCGACCGCGGCGGCGGCAGCGGCGGCCUACGCUGCGGCUGGAAGUGGUGGUGGAGUAAGCAACCUGCCGGGCAGUAGCGCCUGCGUUUCACCAAUAAUCAUGGCGGCGAAUGCCGCCGCGGCCGUGGCCGCUUCCGAAGGGUCGGCGCCAGCUGCCGUCAGUGACUACCGGCUGGUCGGCGUUGAUGGCAGCGUUGUGUGUACGAUUGGCGCAAUGCAGGCGAAGCCGCUAGCAAAUCAUCAGUCGAGCAGCGCACCGGCGCGUGGUGGUACUGUGGCGGCGCCUCCGCCGUCCACAUCGGAGGUCGACCUGCUGUACGAAGUCAGCUGGGUGGUGGAUAGGCCGCCUGAUCAGGCGGCGCCGCCGUCGGAGGUUGCCACGCUGAGCCUGGAGUCCGUGCCUAUGGCAAACGCGCCAUCCGCGGCCGUGGCCACGAGCCUUGCCGUACUGCAGCAGACCGCCGCAGCUGCCGCCCCAGCAAUGAUGGGGUCUGCACUGCAUGUGCAAGCACCCACAGGGUCUGCGUUCUUCAGCAUGCAGCCAUGCGGCAGCGUCCUCCAACAAAGUAGCGAACAUGGGGACACGCUGCUUCCUAACGUCCUCGCAGGUGCCGCCCGUACGGCAGCGCUGGAGGCGCCUGUGCUUGACCUCCGCGUGGAGAGUCACAACUGGACCACAACUGACAUGUGCCACCGCCCUGCAGCCGCCGCAGCCGCCGCCGUGCAGAUCAUAAAGCCGGCGGCGUCAAUCGAGAAUAGUGACGUGUACGGUAACUCCAGCGCUGCUGGCUUGGUUGCCGUACCUCGCCUGACGCCAAGUACCCGUCAGCAAGCUCUCGGGCCUCAUCAGCUGUUGCCGCAGCCGAAGGGCUCCCUGGAGAAUCUUCGGCCGGCGCCACUGGACGUGUCGGCCGAGAACCGACCCGCGGGUCACUGCGUUGUGGCGGUCAAGGCCGUGGGCCUCAACUUCCGCGAUGUGCUCAACGUUCUGGGCAUGUAUCCAGGCGACCCGGGAGCCCCGGGCAGCGACUACGCGGGCGUGGUGGCCUCAGGAGCGGGUGCCGGCAGGGCAGUGUUCGGUUUGGCGACAGGCUGCUUGGCAUCGCAUGUAAUGGCCAGCACAGAAACCCUAGCCGCCCUGCCACCAAACGUAGGCUUUGAGGACGGCGCCGCCAGCCCCACUAUUUUCUUAACAGUCGAGGCGGCGCUUGUGAAUGAGGCGUGCGUGACGCCAUCGGAUAGGGUGCUUGUGCAUGCCGGUGCCGGCGGUGUGGGCCUGGCGGCGACACAGGUAGCGGCGGCGCUAGGCGCCACUGUCGUCAGCACCGCCGGCAGCCCGUCCAAGCGCGCGCUGCUGCGGGGCCUGGGAGUGCGCCACGUGUCCACCAGCCGCGAUCUGGGCUUCGUGGAGGAGCUGGCGACCGUGACGGCCGCCCGUGGCGGUGUGGACGUCGUGCUGAACAGCCUGACCAGCCCAGGCAUGGUGUCCUCUAGCCUGGCGCUGCUGUCCCGCGGCGGGCGGUGGGUGGAGAUCGGCAAGCGCGACAUCUGGUCGGCCGCGCGAGUGCAGAGCGAGCGGCCCGAUGCGCGCUACGGCCUACUGGCCGUGGACUUCAUGCCGCCGGAGGUGCUGCACCGACUACUGGCCAGCCUCAGCCGCAAGAUGGCCGCGGGCAUCCUGGCCCCCAUCCGCCGCGUCACCUACAGCCUUGCCUCCGUCGCCGCUGCCAUGCGUCAGAUGUCACAGGCCCGCCACGUAGGAAAAAUCGUACUGAGCGCUGCCUUUGGCGGGCCCAUCGGCGGCGCCACCACCGCCCAGGGCCACAUCUACGGGCCUCGGCAAGGUGCUAUGGCUACAGGAGAGCCCCUGCCAUCAGCAUCCAGUGGUGACGCGAUCCUGGUCACGGGCGGCACCGGCGCGCUAGGCGCCCUGGUGGCAUCCUGGCUGGCCACAACCGCGCCUGGCCUCCGUAUCGUACUCGCAUGCCGUACAGGCAAGCUAUCGGCGGCGGCGGAAUCCGCGGUCGGGCCGCUGGCCGGCCUACACGACCCGGCGUCGCCGCUGUAUGCCACUGCCUUGAGCGUCGUACGCUGUGACGCUGCAUGUGCAGCCGCGGUGGCAGGUCUUGUGCGUGGUGAGCUGGCGGCGGCGGGGCUGCGCCUGGCGGGCGUCAUGCACGCCGGCGGCGUGUUGGCAGAUGCCACACUCGCCAACCAGGGGCUGUCAGGAGCUCGCGCCGUCUCGGCGCCGAAACUGUCCGCCCUAGCCGCGUUGGAGCCCUUCCUCACACUGAGCCCCAGCGCCACAUCGCACGUGCUGUUCUCCUCCGUUGCUUCACUGCUGGGCUCGCCCGGACAGGCCAACUACAGCGCCGCCAACGCCGGACUGGACGCUGCCGCCGCCGCGCUGUCGGACCGCGGGCUGAGUUUUGUCAGCGUGCAGUGGGGCGCGUGGAAGCACGCCGGCAUGGCACUGCAAACGGCAGCCAAGAAUGAGGCGGCAGGUGUGGGAGCACUGGCCCCGGAGCAAGGCCUAAGGGCGCUGGAGGCGGUGUUGGCGGCUGCGGCGCCUGCAGGCUCUGGCAGCUUGCACAGCCCAGUUGUGGCUGUGUCACCCUUCGACUGGCGCCGCUUCGCAGAGCGCACCGCUCCCAAGCCGUUGCCACCCAUGCUUCAGCACCUCAUCCCUACGCCAGCAGCGAAGGCAGGGGCAGAGCACCAGGCUGACCUCAAUGCCAUGGGCAUUGAUGCCGACCGAAGCCGCCGCCGCGGUGGGGCAUCCAGUGGGCGACGCCGUCGUGGAUUGCCUCAGGCUGCGGAGGCCCGCAGCAGCGGCAUGGAUUUGGAGGCCGUGCGGGGAGAGAUCGCCGCUGCCGUGCGUGGCGUGGUGGGUUCAUCUGUUGCCCCCGAUGCGCCGCUGAUGAGCUCGGGCCUGGACAGCUUGGGGGCGGUGGAGCUGAGGAACGCGCUGGAGGGUCGGCUGCAGGUUUCCCUGCCCAGUACUCUGGUCUUCGACUACCCCACCAUCGACGCGAUCAGCACCCUGGUCGCUUCAUCUCUGCAACAGCCGGGCGCAUCCGGUGCAAUGAACGAUGUUGUCCCGCCUACUACUAGUGCGGAGGACCUCAAUGACGACAGCAGUGACGAUAACGAGGCUUACCAUGAUAAUGGACUUAGUGUGGAUGACUUGGCGUCGGAGAUGGACGACAACGGCGACUUUGACAAUCUAGAUGGAUCGGCGUUCAUGCGGCAAGGCACACGGAGGGCCCGGAGGAUCCACGUGGCCCCCGCCCGUGCUGCUGCUACUGCUGCUACUGCCGCGGCCGGCCUGCUUACCGCCAGGCAUGGCCGCGGUGAUGUAGUGGUGGCAGUAUUAGCGGCUGCGCAGGCGGUGCCCGGUGGUGGUGCGGCUCCUUGGCGACAGGACCCAGCCACUGUGCUACACGACGUCGUGUCCGUGGUCCCGGAGCACAGAUGGGAUGUGGAGCGGGCCCUCACAGACGGCCUACCACCGCGCUUCGGCGCCUUCCUGCCGCACCACCGCGUGGCAACCUUCGACGGGGCCGCCUUCGGGCUGAGCGCCCCAGAGGCCGCCAUGAUGGAUCCACAACAGCGACUGCUGAUGGAGCUAGGCUGGGAGGCGCUGGCGGCAUCAGGGGGCACCGAGGCCACCAGUGAAGGCGCAGCAAAGGUCACUGCUGGCGGAUUGGUGUCCUUGACAGCAAUGGCCUCUCAGGCCGUGGGCGUAUUCGUGGGCGUGUCGACUCCUGACUACGCGGACCUUAAGAAGGCGCACACACCCAUCGGCGUGUACAGUGCGACAGGCUCGGCGCUGUCCGUCGCGGCCGGCCGGCUGUCCUUCACAUUUGGCCUGCGGGGCCCAGCGGUGUCCAUCGACACGGCCUGCUCGUCCAGUCUGGUGGCAGCGCACCUGGCGGUUCGCGGCAUGGCGGCGGGCGACUGCGGGCGAGCGCUGGUGGCUGGCGUGCGCACCAUCCUGACACCCAGCCUUUCAGCAAUGUUCCAUACGGCAGGCAUGCUGGCGCAAGACGGCCGCUGCAAGACGCUGGACGCCGCCGCCGAUGGCUACGUUCGCGGCGAAGCUGCAGCCGCCCUCCUCCUCCAAGCUUACAGGCCCAGCGACGAUGUGGCCAACAGGGGGCCAGACGCACGGGCGGUGCAACCAUCGCUGGAUGCAGUUGCCAUCCUUGUCAGCACCGCCGUCAACCAGGACGGCCGCAGCAGCAGCCUCACCGCACCCAACGGCCCCGCGCAACAGGCGGUAGUGCGGGCAGCACUGGCGGAGGCGGGGCUGUCGGCAUUCUCUGUCCGCACGUUGCAGAUGCACGGUACCGGCACACCGCUGGGUGACCCCAUCGAGGUCGGGGCCGCUGCGGCGGUGCUGACUGCCAUCCCCGUCGGUGUCACCAACCUGCGUGAACUCCCGAACGAUCAGCCCCAGGUGCUUCCUCUGACGUUGGCUACUGACAAGAGCGGCAUCGGGCACACCGAGCCCGCCGCGGGCGUUAUGGGCAUCCUCCAUGCCGCCUGGUCGGCCCGUGCAUCAUGCAGCCUGCCAGUGCUGCACCUGCGAACUCCGAACCCACACCUGACGGAGGCGCUCGCUGGUGCAGCCGCCGCCAGUGGCGGCACCGGCAUGGCGCUCCCACGCCAGCCGGCCGGACGCCCAGCAGCAGCAGCAGCAGCAGCAGCUGUGAGUGAAGCGGUGGUAUGCGGAGUGAGCUCCUUCGCCUUCCAGGGCACCAAUGCACACGUGCUGCUCUCACCGACUGAGCAGCUGCUGAAGGCGGCACCAAUGGCGGAGGCGGAGGCGGUGAAGCCUUCGCCAGCGGAUGCCGCAGCGCUGGUACCAGCCUGGCGCCGGCAGUACGCGUACGUGCUUCCACCGUCAUCCUCACUCUGCCGUGCUGCCACAGCUACUACUACCACCGGCCGCAAGGCUACCUUCCAUGUCGACCUGACUCAUCCCGACGUCUCGUACAUGUACGACCAUAUAGUGAACAAUCGGCCGAUUUUCCCCGGCGCCGGCUACCUGGAGAUGGCGGCCGCUGCCGUCCACAUCGCCGGCCAUGGCGCCAAUCCGAGUGUUGCCCUGGCGGACGUGGCGAUCCUCGCGCCAUUGGUCGUGCCGCAGGACACUACCGCCGCAGCGGCGACGGCGCUGCGUGUGGAGAUCUAUACGGAGACUGGCGAGGUCGUAGUGUACUCCGGCGCUACGACGGCUGCGGACUACAGCAAUCCCAAGGGCCGGGGCCGGGGCCGCCGCAAUGGCCAGUCUGCAGCAGCCAGUCAGCCUAGUACUUCCGCCACCGUGCACCUGACUGCCAAGGCAGCACGGCUAGCACUCACAACAGACAGCACAUCGCUGCUACCAGCCACGAGCGCGGCUGCACCCCGCCGCAGAAGCCGUGACGCUGCGCGUGCAGCGGCGCCGACGCCGCUGUCCACCGCCGCGGUGUACGGCGACCUGGCUGCCGCGGGCCUGCAGUACGGACCGGCUUUCCGUCGCAUGCGCAACUUGCACGCUACUGGCGACACAGCAGUUGCAUCAUUGCAGCUGCCGGGCCGUGAGGACCAUGGCGCAUUCCUCAAUCAUCCCGCGGUCCUGGACUGUGCGUUCCAGCUGGGCGCUGUGAUCGGCGCCGCAGGAACAGCAACUGGCGCUGCCGCUGCAUCCAGUACCACGCCGGGCCCACAGCUUAAGCCCCAGAGGCGCACCUUCGUGCCCGUGGCUGUGCAGCUGUUCUGCAUCCGUGUGCCGCAAAUGGGCACGCAAGGUCUGGGUACGGUACAUGCACAAGAACACUUGCCACUGAGGGGGCCGCUGAUGGCGGCUGGAGUGGAAUCGCUCGGGGAGCUCUACGCCGUGGCGUUUGGCAAGACGGAUCCGCGGGAAGACUCGCUAUUCCGUGACGUCCAUCUGUACGAUGUGUACGGCUCGCCGCUCGUCCAAGUCGUAGGACUGGAGUCACGCGCCGUCGGCCGACCCGCUGGCGCUGCCUCCAUGGCGGUGGACACAUCCUCUAAUGCAACCUCUACGCCGACGGCUCCUGGCCCUGCUGUUGGUGCGGCAAGCUCCCCCGAUCCUGGCAUGCUUUACGCAAUUCAGUGGCUGGCGGAAGACGCUGUCGGCGACUUGGACAAGAAUGAAAGCCAGGUUGUGGAGAUUUCGACCAAGAAGAGUACAAGUGCUUCAUGGCUUUACAUGCGGGCGCCCGCUGCCACAGUGAAGCCGUCUUCGCGGCUGCUACUGCCGCACGCGCUCCAGGCCGCCAAAAGCGGCGCCGCCGCCCGUGUGGCCAUUGCGCUACUGCGCAGUCCUGCAGGCUGUGCAGCCGGUGCCAGCUAUCCAACUGGACCCCCCUCCGGCGCGGACGGCUCUGGCUGCGGCUACAGCCUGCAGGGCCUCAUGCGCACUGUUGCACAGGAAGUUGGCAGUAGCACCCGUGUGGACAGCACACAGGUUGACCCGUUAGCGGCUGAUGUAGCCGCCGGGUCUGCAUUGGCUCCUGGCUUGCUGCUAGGAGAGCAAGGCGGAGCGACGGCGCCAGCAUCCCAGAUGUACGACGGCUACGGCACUGGCGCCGCCGGCGCGACACGUUAUGUGCCACGGCUGUUGCCCUCAAGCGUGUCGGCGGCGCCUGCUGCGCCGUACCAAUUGGUACCACAGCCGCGCGGCUCACUCAACAGCCUGGUCCCCGUGCCGCUGGACGCGGAGCUCACAUCUUCCCUGCCGUCGGGCACGGUGCUGCUGCGGGUGCGGGCCGUGGGGGUCAACUUCAGAGAUGUGCUCAACGUGCUGGGGAUGUACCCGGGAGAUCCGGGGGCACCAGGAGGAGACUGCGCGGGCGUGGUGGUGGGUGUCCCAGCAGCUGUGGAAGGAGAUUCGAGCACGCCGCAUUCUUUGGGACGGGCGGUGUUUGGCCUAGCUGUGGGAAGUCUGGGUUCGCAUGUGGUUGCAAGCGCGCAGACGCUGGUGCCCAUGCCGCCACAGCUGACUUUCGAGCAGGCGGCCACGGCGCCCACGGUGUUCGUAACGGUGGAUGCCGCGCUGAGGCAGGCCGCGGCGCUGGGCCGGGGCGAGAAGGUGCUGCUGCCCGCCGCAGCCGGCGGUGUGGGCCUGGCGGCGACACAGGUAGCGGCGGCGCUAGGCGCCACUGUUGUCAGCACCGCCGGCAGCCCGUCCAAGCGCGCGCUGCUGCGGGGCCUGGGAGUGCGCCACGUGUCCACCAGCCGCGAUCUGGGCUUCGUGGAGGAGCUGGCGACCGUGACGGCCGCCCGUGGCGGUGUGAACGUCGUGCUGAACAGCCUGACCAGCCCAGGCAUGGUGUCCUCUAGCCUGGCGCUGCUGUCCCGCGGCGGGCGGUGGGUGGAGAUCGGCAAGCGCGACAUCUGGUCGGCCGCGCGAGUGCAGAGCGAGCGGCCCGAUGCACGCUACGGCCUACUGGCGGUGGACUUCAUGCCGCCGGAGGUGCUGCACGCCGGCCUAUCGCGCGUCUCAGCCGGCCUGGCGGCCGGCCAGCUGCGACCUCUGCCCGGUGCCGUACACGGCCUUGCCUCCGUCGCCGCUGCCAUGCGUCAGAUGUCACAGGCCCGCCAUGUGGGCAAAGUGGUAGUAUCGGCUUCGGCGGGCUCAGUGCACCAAGAGCCCCAUGUCACUCAACUCACGGCUGGGUGCCCCUCUGAGCCUCUCCAUACCGAUGCGGGCAAAGGGCCGCUGCUUUCCGGCCGCAUCCUCAUCACAGGCGGCACAGGCACGCUGGGCAUACUCCUCGCCGAGUGGUUCACACAGCACGGCGCGAAACACGUCCAUCUCCUCAGUCGCACCGGUGCGGUACCAGCCGCUGCCAGCGCGCGGCUGGUCUCCACCGCUGCCACCCACGGCGCCGACAUCACUAUCAGCGCUUGCGACACGUCCAUCGCAGCCGACUGCGCGAUGUUGUCGUGCGACACCCAUGCAAAGCCCGUGACCUUACUCGUGCACGCCGGCGGCGUGCUAUCCGACGCGACCCUGGCCAAUCAGAGCCUUGAGGCGCUACGCAGAGUCCUGGCGCCCAAACAAGCCUCCCUGGACCAUCUCUCCGCGUUGGCGCAGCAGUACCCAGCGGCGUGCCAGGUGAUGUUUUCUUCAAUCGCCUCCUUGCUGGGCGCUCCCGGCCAGGCCAACUACAGCGCCGCGAACGCCGGACUGGACGGCUACGCUGCGGUGUGCACGGCACGAGGCCUGCCGGCAGUCAGCGUGCAGUGGGGCGCGUGGGCGGGUGGCGGCAUGGCGGCUCAUGACGCGCAGACGGCGGCUCGUGUGGAGCGCAUGGGCAUGUCGCUCAUCCAGCCACAACAGGGACUGGCGGCGCUGGAAGGUGUUCUGGCGUCGUUCUCACUUCCAUUGGCCGCUGGACGCCUCAGCAUUCCCGGCCCGGAGCCCAUUAUCGCCGCCAACCCCUUCCACUGGCCUACCUUCCUUCGCCGCCUGCCGGGGCCACCCCCUCUGUUCCUCUCACACUUCUCAACCUCAACCUCGACCGCCGCAGCCAGCAGCACAGUUGCACCCACAACCACCGCAACCAGGCACGGCAGCAAGGCCGCGAGACGACGUCGGCAGCGAGCCUCCUCCUCAGCCGCUGCCGCUACCGGAGCCGCCGCGGUGUUGUCCACGUCCUCUGUGCUUGACACCGUUUCUGAGGUGGCGCGCGGCGUCAUGGGGGUCCCCUCCCUGGACCCCUCCGCCAGCCUCAUGGAGGCAGGGCUAGACAGCCUAGGCGCCGUGGAGCUCCGGAACCAGCUCUCUCGUUCCUUCGGCCUGGAGUUGCCCGCCACGCUGAUGUUCGACUACCCCACGGCUGCGGCUGUAGCGGGCUACGUCCUCACGGAGCUGGAGGCGACCGGCGGCGGUGGCGGCGCCGCCAUCAACCAGGACCGCCGCCGCGGGUAUGACAAGGAUAAGGAGGACGAUGAUGAUGAUGAUAAUGGUAAUGAUGAUGAUGGGGAUGAUUUUGACGACGAGGAUAGCGAUAUGGAGGAAUCCAGUUUUGGGUCGGGCUGGGAGGAGGAGGAGGAGGACGACGAUGGAGUGAAGGCGGGUGUUACUACUGUAGCAGCUCGCGUCGGCCUCCGCCGAGGUGGUGCGGGCGGCCGACAGGCAGUAUCCAGGCGGCUUGAAGGCGGUCGCGCGCGUGCCACGGCGGUGGUGCUACUGUCCGGCAUCAGCACCCGCUACGCCGGCGGCAUCACCGGGCUGCGGCAGCUGCACGCGGCCAGCCGGGACAGCACGGAGUUACAUGGCCCGCCGCCGUACGGCCGCUGGGACCCAGACCUUGCGUUCCUUGCUCGCGUGGACGGCGUAGCGACACGGCUGGGUACGUUUGUGAGCGAUGUACACGAGUUCGACGCGGCGGCGUUCGGGCUGAGCGACGGCGAGGCAGCGCUGAUGGACCCGCAGCAGAGGCUGCUGCUAGAGGAAACGCUGGCUGCCUUCACUGACGCGGGCAGAUCUGCUGGAUCACUGGCCGGCACCUCCACGGGCUGCUACGUCGGCUGCAUCUGGCUGGAGUACGGCGAGCUGCUAGCGGGCCCCGGCGGCGCCAAGGCCGGCAGCGCGCAGGCCGUCACCGGCAACGGACUGGCCUUCAUGGCGGGACGAGUAUCGUACACGUUCGGCCUGACUGGCCCGUGCAUUCCGACCAACACCGCCUGCUCCAGCUCCUUGGUGGCCGCACACCUGGCGGCGGCCAGUAUCCGCACCGGCGAAUCGGCUGUAGCCGUUGCUGCCGGUGUCAAUGCGAUGCUACUGCCACGCGGCGCCACAGCUGCCAUGACCCGUGUCCAGGCGCUGUCACCUGACGGUCGCUGUAAGGCCUUUGGCGCAGAGGCGGACGGAUACGGCCGUGGCGAGGGCUUCACCACCCUGGUAAUGGAGGCUGCAAAUGCUGCUGCUGCUACUACAGGCCUUGCCCCCGCUACUACAGCCACCACUGCCGGGACCGUCGCUGCUCGGCGCGCUCACGCCGUCUUUGCCGGCUCAGCAGUGAACCAGGACGGUCGCAGCAGCGGCUUGACGGCGCCGCACGGUCCUAGCCAGACCGCGCUGGUGGCGGCGGCGAUGGCGCAAGCGGGCACGGCCGCACUGGCUUUCACGGCCACGCACGGCACGGGUACGCCGCUCGGCGAUCCUAUCGAGAGCAACGCACUGCGCAAGGCGCUGCUACCGUUGGCGGAGCCUCGGGCAGCGGAAGCAGUGGCGCCGGGCACGUCGCGGACGACGGUAACUUUGGGCGCGAUCAAGGCCCUAACGGGUCACUUGGAGGGCACUGCGGGCCUUGCGGGGCUAAUGCAGGCGGUAAUCUUCCUGACGGAAAUGUCCACGCCGCCGCUGCGUUACCGUAACAUCAACCCGCACGUCGCCUCCACGCUCGGCGACGGCGGCGGCGCCGCCGCUACUGGGAACAGCCUGGCGGCACGACUGCCGAUUCAGGCCAGCCCAGCCGUGGACCUUGGCGCCGGCGUCCACCCGGGGGCCGCCGCUUUCGCUGGCACCAGCUCCUUUGGGAUGAGUGGUGUUAACGCCCACGCGAUCGUACGGUUGUACGAGAAUGAUGCAGCGGCUGGCGUUGAUGGUGAUGGUGGCUCUCAGCACAGCGCAACGUCGCCACCGUGGUUGGCAACGCUGUCGUGGCGACGCCAGGACUUCCAGCGGCUGCUGCCCCUGCCGCUGGGUCACCCGUUGGCAUACACCGCCAGGCUGGCGGCGGCGCCGCCUGGCGGCACCGUCGGAACAAAACUAGUGGAGAUUGUGCUGCCAUUACCGUCGCCGCAACUGUCAUACCUGUACGACCACGUCGUGGGUGGCAAGCCACUCUUCCCCGGCGCCGGCUACCUGGAGAUGGCGAUGGCGGCCGCUGUCGCGGCGGCGCCCGCUGCAACGGCAGCGGCAGGCCUAGUUCUGCGUGACGUCCGAUUCGCGGCGCCAUGUGUGAUGCCAUCGCCGCUUCAUACAGCAGCUGCCGCCGGGGCGGGUGUGACGGCGUCGCCGCAAUCCCUGGAGCUUGCUGCCGUACUGGACACGGCGUCGGGGGUUGUACGUGUGGUCUCACGCGCCGCCGGCGGCAACGCUGCACGGCAGCAACCCGGCAACGCCGCCAUGCACAUGACGGCGCAAGUAGCCCAGCUGUACUCGCCGGCGCUGGCUUCUCCUGCACAGUCUGUGUCCACCGAGUCGCGUCUGACCUCCAGGACGGCCACCACCCGUCCUGCUGGGGCCAUGUCCAUGGAUGCCAUGCGUGCCCGGUGCCCGGUGCCGAUGGCCCCCGCAGCGGUAUACGACAAUAUGGCAGCCGCAGGACUGCAGUACGGCGCCGCGUUCCGCGGCCUGCAGGCCGUGCACACGGAUUUGCGGGGUAGCCUCGCGGCGGGUCGGCUGACAACGAUGAUGGCGAAUGAGCACCAGCGAGACGGGUACUUCGUACACGUGGCUUCUCUGGAUAGCGUCUUGCAGCUGGGCGCGGUGGUAGGCAGCGGCAGCAACACCGCCGCCGUUGGAAGCCGCAGCGGCGGCGGCAGCGGCGCCUAUGUGCCCGCCUCACUGCAGGCCUUCACGGUAUCUAUCUCGAGUCGUGGCGCCAGCAUGGCGCGCGCCGGCGGCGCCGGCGAGGAGCCGUUAUUCUGUGUGGCGGAGGACGCUUCCGCUGGCGGCACGGCAGCCACCGGCACGCACCGAAACCACGUGCUGGUUGACAGCUCUGGCGCUGUGCUGUGUGCGCUGGACGAUUUGCAGGCUAAGCCGAUCGGCAGCGGCGCCAGCGCCAGCGGCAGAACAGCCGCCAACAACAAAUCCAUGACCUCAGAACAGACAGGGAGCGGUGCUCCGACACAAGAUGACUGCAUGCUUUAUGACGUGACUUGGGUGACGACAGAGCCCAGCACCGACAUUGAUGGCGGCGGCUACAACUGCGCCGCUUUGCAAGUGUCCCCAGCGCCGCCGCCGACUGGAUACGAGGGUUCCUUGGUGCCGUACACCGCAGCGGCGAUGGCAGCGUUGCAGCAGCUCAGUGCCGCCGGCGCGGCUGGCGCAAACCUGCAGUUGGCGGACGCGGCUCCGCCACGUACGGAUGGGCUCCUGUGCAGCGGAAGUGCUGCUGCCACCGCGACCGUAAGCUUGGCGGCCGCGUCCUUGGGGGGUAUGGCUCGCACGUACAACGCGGAGCAUCCGUCGCGCGGCCUCACGCUGGGAAGCACAGCCCGCACAGCUGCCGGAAGCAGCGCUACCGCAGCCGUAUUGCGGCUACAGGCCCCGUCACCAGGACCAGAUACUGGCGCUACAAACGAUGGUUACGGCUUAUCCGUGCAUGCCGGCAUCGCACGGACGGCCUUGCUCCUGCCGUCGAGGAGUGCAGCGGCGGCGUCUGCUGCGCCGUACCAAUUGGUACCACAGCCGCGCGGCUCACUCAACAGCCUGGUCCCCGUGCCGCUGGACGCGGCGCUCACAUCUUCCCUGCCGUCGGGCACGGUGCUGCUGCGGGUGCGGGCCGUGGGGGUCAACUUCAGAGAUGUGCUCAACGUGCUGGGGAUGUACCCGGGAGAUCCGGGCGCACCCGGCAGCGACUGCGCGGGCGUCAUUGUCGCAGUUGCGAAAGGUGUGGCGAAGGUGGCGGAGAGUCAGGUCUCAGCAGGCGUAUCCACGGAUACCAUGGCGUUGGCCGGGCGCGCCGUUUUCGGGUUGGCCACUGGUAGCCUGGGUUCGCAUGUGGUUGCAAGCGCGCAGACGCUGGUGCCCAUGCCGCCACAGCUGACUUUCGAGCAGGCGGCCACGGCGCCAACGGUCUUCGUAACGGUGGAUGCCGCGCUGAGGCAGGCCGCGGCGCUGGGCCGGGGCGAGAAGGUGCUGCUGCCCGCUGCAGCGGGCGGUGUGGGCCUGGCGGCGACACAGGUAGCGGCGGCGCUAGGCGCCACUGUCGUCAGCACCGCCGGCAGCCCGUCCAAGCGCGCGCUGCUGCGGGGCCUGGGAGUGCGCCACGUGUCCACCAGCCGCGAUCUGGGCUUCGUGGAGGAGCUGGCGACUGUGACGGCCGCCCGUGGCGGUGUGAACGUCGUGCUGAACAGCCUGACCAGCCCCGGCAUGGUGUCCUCUAGCCUGGCGCUGCUGUCCCGCGGCGGGCGGUGGGUGGAGAUCGGCAAGCGCGACAUCUGGUCGGCCGCGCGAGUGCAGAGCGAGCGGCCCGAUGCGCGCUACGGCCUACUGGCGGUGGACUUCAUGCCGCCGGAGGUGCUGCACGCCGGCCUAUCGCGCGUCUCAACCGGCCUGGCGGCCGGCCAGCUGCGGCCUCUGCCCGGUGCCGUACACGGCCUUGCCUCCGUCGCCGCUGCCAUGCGUCAGAUGUCACAGGCCCGCCAUGUGGGCAAAGUGGUAGUAUCAUCUUCAGCCAGUGUUGUCUCGGGUGGUAACAGUGUCAAUAUGACCCAUGGGUCCGUCCAUUGCGGAUCCGCGCUGGUGCUGGGCGGCACAGGGACCCUUGGUACACUAAUAGCCGGGUGGCUGGCGGAAGCCGGCGUUCGCCGAGUAGUGCUUCUCAGCCGCACCGGCAAGCUCUCUGGAGAAACUGCCGUGACGCUGCUGAACGCCGCUCGUGCGAGCCACGGCUGCGAGUUGACCGUGCUCGGCUGCGAUGGCUCCGUCGACUCUGACGUCCGAGCUGCCGUAGCAACCGCGGCAGCACACGAGCCCAUCGGCGCUGUCUUCCACGCCGGUGGCGUGCUCCAUGAUGCCACGUUCGGUAGCCAGACUCUCUAUGGUGUUCGCGCCGUACACGCCGCUAAGUCGGCUGCCACCGCUGCCGUGGCGGCUGCGGCUGCCCUGCAACCCUGUGCAUCGCACGUGCUGUUUUCCUCCGUUGCUUCAUUGCUGGGCUCACCCGGCCAGGCCAACUACAGCGCCGCCAAUGCCGGGCUGGACGCUGCCGCCGCGCUGGCAGCCUCUCAGGGCCUGCCGGCAGUCAGCGUGCAGUGGGGCGCGUGGGCGGGUGGCGGCAUGGCGGCUCAGGAUGCGCAGACGGCGGCUCGUGUGGAGCGCACGGGCAUGGGUUUUGUGAUGCCUGCCGCUGGCCUUGCUGCGCUGGAGGCCAUUCUGGCGGCGCUCGGCGGCGGUCCCGCCGCAACUGGCGGUGUCGUCGCUGCAGUUCCGUUCCUCUGGCCGGCGUUCUUGUCUAAAUUCCGUGGCAGGCCACUUCCGCCACUGCUGUCGUACAUGGCAUCUCUGCAUGGGACCACUGGCGACGAUGGCGCCGGCGCGACAGCUGGCGCUGUCAGCAAGGCCAAGAGCAAAAGCGGGAUUACAAAACAGGAAGUGGAGGCGGCUGUUCAGGAGGCCGUGCGUGGCGUGGUGGGUUCCUCUGUUGACCCCGAUGCGCCGCUGAUGAGCUCGGGCCUGGAUAGCUUAGGGGCAGUGGAGCUGAGAAACGCGCUGGAGGGUCGAUUGGGGCUGCAGCUGCCGGGGACCCUGGUGUUUGACUACCCCACUCCUGCAGCUGUCUCGGACUUCAUCGCCGGGCAGCUGGGGGCAGGCUCUGCUAGCGACGACGCGGACAACGACGCAGGCGCAGACGGCGCUGGCGCCGGCGUGCUGCCGGCGCCGCUGGCCACUGGGCCUGGCAGUCUCGCACUCGCGGCCUCUGCUGCGGCGGCGCCGCAGCUCGUGGGUCUCAUGGGCAUCUCCUGUCGUUCACCUCAGGAUGCCAUGGCUUGCUUAGAACCCCUUGACGCCAUCACGAAGGUGCCGCUGGGUCGCUGGGAUGUGGACCGGUUGUGGCACGCCUCCGGCCACGCACACGCGCGCUUCGGCUCUUGGUUGCCAGAUCUGGAUCUCUUCGAUGCCGCGGCCUUCGGCAUCACCGGCCCCGAGGCAGCACUGAUGGACCCGCAGCAGCGCUUGCUGCUGCAUGUCGCCCACGAGGCUUUGUCCGAGGCUGCGGCGGCGAUGUCAGCUGUGAUGAUGCCGGCGGCUGGCAAAAAGCAGGCUGCAGGCGGAACGGGUGCGGGUGCGGCUGGAGGUGGCGGUGCGGGCGGGCCCUUGGGUUCCUUGGGCGCCGCCACUGCGGUUGCUGUCGGCAUUGCCAGCGCAGAGUACACCAAUUGGGUAUGCCGGCGCGCCGGCGUGGGUGCCUCCGCCUACGGCCGCUUGUCGUACAUGUACGGCUUUACCGGCGCCGCUGUCAGCGUCGACACGGCCUGCUCAUCUAGUCUGGUGGGUGCCCAUUGGGCGCUCCGGGAGGUGUUGAUGGCUGCGGGCGGCUGCCGGGCGGCUGUGGCGGCGGGCGCGGGUGUACUGCUCAGCCCGGAGCCCACUGCCAUGUUCCAGAAGGCGGGUAUGUUGUCGGCCGACGGCCGCUGCAAGACCCUGGACGCUUCCGCUGAUGGCUACGUGCGUGGAGAGGCGGUGGGUGCACUGGUUCUGGCGGCGUUGUCUGCCGCAGCAGGAGAAGGAGCACGAGCAAGCGAAGUUUGUUUGGCGCUGGUGCGGGCAUCGGCCGUCAACCAGGACGGCCGCAGCAGCAGCCUCACCGCACCCAACGGCCCCGCGCAACAGGCGGUGGUGCGGGCAGCACUGGCGGAGGCGGGACUGCUGCUUUCAGGUCCUUCAGUCUUCCAGAGUCUUCUGGCAAUUCGUAAUCCAGCCUGCCAAAUGACAUGCGCUGAGAUGCACGGCACCGGCACGCCGCUGGGUGACCCCAUCGAGGUGGGCGCUCUGGCCGCGGUAAUGCAGCCAGUACCGGGCGCCAGGUCCGGCACUUCCCGCGAGCUGCCGUUGGCGGUCGCUGCGGCCAAGUCCAAGAUUGGCCACACGGAGGCCGCCAGCGGCGUCAUGGGACUCACACACGCGCUGGCGGCGCUGCGGAUGCAGCAACUGCACGCCACAUUGCACCUGCGUGCCGUCAAUCCCCAUCUGACGACGGCACUGGCUGGCGGCGGCGGCGGCGGCGGUGGCGCAAGUGGAGAGGAAGGCGGCGGGGGCGGCAGCGGCUGGAUGCUGCCUCGCGCCGUGGCUGGCCAUUCGCUGCCGUUCUCAUGCGAGGCGCUGGUAACGGGUGUAAGCGCCUUCGCUUUCCAGGGCACCAACGCGCACCUGCUGCUGCAACGCUCCGCGUCUUCUGAACCGCCCUCCUCCACUGGCUCCAGCAGUCUCGCGGUUGGCUUCCCCGCCGGAGCCGGAGCCGCUGCUCCGGUCUCUUGGCGGCAACAGAGCCUAUGGGUGACACCGCCACCCAGCUUACUGCUCCCGUGCCUUGCCCACGCCAGCGGUGGUCUCUCAGUCCGCAGUGGGCCAUCGUCGUCGUCGUCGUCGUCGUCCGUGUUGGCGGCCUUUGAGUGCGAUCUAAGCCAGGCAAAACUGGCCUUCUUACGCAAUGGCUUCUCCUGGCAGGCUGCAAGCGGCGUCGGCGGCGGCGUCGGCGGCGCGGUGCUACCUACCGGUUUCCUGUUGGAGAUGUGCGCCAGUGCAGUGGCCAUGCUACAGCUUCCACAAGGGCUCGUCGCAGCGGCAGACCCUGCCGGCGCUGCAACUGGUGCUGCUGCUACAGCCGUGGAAACAGCGCUGUCGGAUGUAAGGUUCCAUGCCCCUGUGGACGUGGACAAGUUGCUGGUGCUGUCGCCGCCGACGGCGGCGGUGCACGCCACCAACGGAUUGCUGACGUGCGUCGUCCGUGCCGGCGGAGCCCUGGAGGUGCUCACUCGCCGCGAAGACGGCACCGUAUUGCUACGCCACCUCACGGCCACAGUGGUGGCCUUGGGGCGUGGCGCGGCGGCAGCCGCUACCCACACAAGCCCUGCUACGCUCGAGGGACUUGCACUUGGAACCGGAGCCGGAGCCGGAGCCGGAGAGGCGAGCGGUACACAUUCAGACAGCGGCCUGGCAAAGCUGGGUAGAUGGAUAUCCGGAUUGUCCGGGCAAGCUCCUGCCGCAGCGGCGCCGCUGCCGGCGGCGACGGCGUCGAUCGCGCCUGGAAGGUAUCUGGAAGAGAUGGAUGCGUUCGAGUCAGCCGCCGGCGGCAUUUUCGGGCUCCCCUGCGCCCUGGAAGCCGCCAUGCAGCUGCAGGGCGUCUGCCGAGUCGGAGGUGCUAGCGGCGGAGGCGCCAUGCAGGUGGUUUCAUAUAUCGCCGCUUGCCGCUUGCCGCGGCGCCGCCCGGCUGCGACUAGUGGAAGCUGCCGCAAUGGCGCUGGAGGCACGGGUGGUGCAAUGGAGCUCUUCGCUGGUGCAGCACUAUCCGGAUCUACGGUCUGCAACCUGCAGCUUUCUGGCAGCGUGCCUAGCACUACUGCGGCCUCCACCUCUGCCAAGGAGGCCGCAGCCGCAGCUGCCAUCUGGUCGCUAUCCGGUGUUCACCUCAGUGCAGCGGUGCCAUCUUCCGCUGGGCGGCGACACCACGACUUCGCUACCGCUGCCGUCACCGACAGUACGGCAACGGCAGCGGCAGCGGCAGCCGCUUCCGAGCUUGGAACCAUCUGGGACGCUGAGGCGCUGCGGCGGCUGGUGCGGGAGGCCGUGGCGGCGGCAGUGGGUGAGGCCGUGGACGAUGACGCGCCUCUGAUGGAGGCGGGUCUUGACAGCCUGGCGGCGACUGAGCUGCGGAACGCAUUGCAGUCCGCAGUACAGGUGCAGCUGCCUGCCACGCUUGUGUUUGAUUAUCCCACCACCACCGCCAUUUCGGGCUUCCUGCUCGACCAGAGCCAACAGCAGCAGCGACGGGGCCGCACAAGGGCCACCCCGACAGCGGGCCCGGCCGAUGCUGGCCGCCACCGCCGGCGCGGCGGCGCCGGCACUGUCGUACUCGUGGCCGGCAUGUCCUCUCUACCAUGGUCCCUGCUUGAGCCCGCCGCCGCGUCCGGCGGCGACGGCAUCAACGCAGCACCGCUCAGCCGCUGGGAUGCUGCCGACCCGCGGGUCUGUGUAAUCGGUGGCGGCGCCGCUGCGAGCGCGCAGCUGCCCCCGCAGUUCGGUGCCUUCCUGUCGGGAGUGGAGCUCUUCGACGCUGCGCUGUACGGCAUUAACCCCGGGGAGGCGGCGACGCUGGAUCCGCAGCAGCGGCUGCUGUUGCGUGCGGCACUCGAGGCGAUACCCGCGGGCGGCUCUUUGGCUGGGCUGCUGGGUGCGGAUGUGGGCGUGUUCGUGGGCAUCGCGUCAAGCGACUACGAGGCACUAGGACAGCGCCAUGGCGUGCAGAUCGGGCCCUACUCCUUCACCGCCGCCUCCUCUGCCGUCGCUUCCGGUCGCCUGUCCUACACGCUCGGCCUGCGAGGUCCGUCGUCGUCCGUUGACACCGCCUGCUCCAGCUCGCUAGUGGCGACGCACCUGGCGGCCGUCAGCCUGGCUGCGGGCGAAUGCAACGAGGCGCUGGCAGCGGGCGUGCAGCUGAACCUGGUGCCGCAGUCCACUGCAAUGGUGGCGGCGGCAGGGCUUCUGGCAGCAGACGGCCGCUCGAAGGUCAUGGACGCAGUCGCCGAUGGUUAUGGCCGCGGUGAGGCUUGCCGGGCGAUAUGGCUCCGUGCAGCUGACGACUGCGCCGGCCGCACCGUCACCAACGCCAACAGCGGCUGCCUGGCUGUCCUCCUGGCGUCGGCCGUCAACACCAACGGCAAGUCCAGCGCGCUGACCGCACCGCACGGCCCCACUCAGCAGCAGCUGCUGCUGACGGCACUCCGCUCAGGUGGUGUGGCGGCCGCGGAGGUGACGGGCCUGCAAUUGCACGCCAAUGGCACGCCGCUGGGCGACCCCAUCGAGGUUGGUGCCGCCGCCGCCGCGUACCUAACCGCUGCGGGCGACGAUGCGUACGGCAGUGGACGUCGGAGGCAGCCGUUUGCCUGGGUCAGCGUUAAGGGCUACGGUGGCCACCAAGAGGCCGCCGCCGGUGCCGUCGAGCUGACGGAGACUAUUGCUUCCCUGCAGCGUCGCGCGCUGCCGCCGGCGUUUAACCUGCGGUCGCUCAACCCGCUGGUUGCGGCGCCGCUGGAGGCGUUCAGCGACGGCGGUGGCGGCGCGCUUGUGGCACGGGGCGGCACGCUGGGCCUGCCGCUUGCGUCAGCAGAGCUCCCGGCUAUCUUCGGCGUCAGUUCCUUCGGCGCCCAGGGCACCAACGCCCAUGCGCUGCUGUCGUUUGCACCACCGCCGCCAUCGGCCGCCGGCUCACUAGAUACCGACGCCACACAGCUUGGAGCCGCAGCUUCUGCGGCUGUGACGCAGUGGGCGGAUGGUGGCCGACGAUACUGGGUGUUACCGGAGCCGCAGCUGCUGGUUCAGUCAUGCCGCGUCGUGCGCACACGGCGUCACGGAUACCCCCGCGCGACGCUUCUCGGCCGUCUGGAUCAUCCGUCGCUGGCGUAUCUUUGGGAUGGUAUCCCUGCGGAUGCAGGACGCAAUGGCGGCGGCACUGGCGGUGCCAGCCGCCGCCGGCCCCCGCCGCUCCUCGCCAACUCCGCCGUGUUGUCGGCUGCCGCUGCCGCCGUACGGCUUCUCCUGUCGACACCCGAAGGCGCGGGUGAAGGUUUCAUCCUGCAGGACGUUGUCAUGUCCUCGCCGCAGCCACUGCCCGGCCGCAUCAUCGCCACCGGCCAACCGCCCGUGCCUGAAUUGCGCAUUACGCUGUCCAGCGCCGGCGGAGGCGGCAUGCUGCUCCGUGUCUUUGUCGAUGACACCGAGCAACUCCUUGCCCGCGUGGUGGACGCGCCUUCGCUAGGCGGCGGCGGCGCCGCCGCCGCCGCCGAGGAGCAACCGAACCCAGCAGGCGGGCAUAGCCACGCCAUGCGCCACGAUGCAGCGGUCACUUUGGAUGACCCCACCAACCUCCUCCCCGCCGUCAGGCCAGCUAAGGCGCCGUCGGAGGACCGUACACGCCUCAUGGCGCUGCUACAUGCACUCCAGCUUGGCGGAGCUCCGCUCCAUGCAACCACGCCUGCUGUGCUUUCUACCGGUGCAAUGACGAUGGUAGUGGUGGCUGCCGCGGACUGCGAGCCGGCAUCCGAUGGACAGCCCCUGGAGCCGCGCGCCCUGGAGUCUGCAUUGCAGACUGCUGCGCUGUCCGCUGCCGUCAGCGGCACAGCCGCUGCGCCGUGCUACCUGGCACGCAUUCGUGCCGUGCAUGUCGCAGGUCGCAGUGCCGCCGCCACCGCCAGGGGUGACGGCUACAACGCCUGCCGCGGCACGUGGUUAUCAUUGGAAGCAGGUCUCGCGGCCGGCGUCCCCUCCGCCGCAAGCACUGGGGACGCUGCCGACGCUUCACCCGCGCCGCCACCGUCCAUCCACAUCCGCAGUGCCUCUGUUAAGUCAGUCGCCGGCGCCCCCAACGCCCCGACGUCGCCGGCGCUGCGGCUCAGCGGCGUGGUCAUGGUGCCUGUCGAUGCGGCGACCCCCGACGUCGCCCGCGCUGUCGCUGCCGCCGCCGCUGAUGACGACGCCGUCGGCAACGCCGACGGUAACGAGGCCUCCGCGGGCGCCGGCCCCGCCGUCGAUCCUGCUCUCCUUGCCAUGUCGCCUGAGGAGCGACAGCUCCAUUUGGCAGGCCGCAUUAUGGCCGAGGUGCGUGCGCUGGUCGGACGUCCCGUACAUCCCUCCGAGCCGCUCAUCUCGGCAGGUGUUGAUAGCCGCGCGGGCAUGGAGCUGCGUCGCGGCUUAUCGGAGGCGCUGGGCGUGGCGCUACCGGUGACGCUGCUGUACGACCAUCAAUCAGUGGAGGAGAUCGUGGGCUACAUCGAGGGGCAGCUGGGUCGGCUAUCUGGCGACCAGCAGCAGGACGCCGACGCUGAUGGCGAUACCAUGUCUUACACAUCCGACGAAGACGGAGACCGUAAUAUCGAAGAUGAAGAUGACGGUGAUGAUGAUGAGCUUUCAGAUGGAGAGGAGCGGGACGGAGAGCAGCGCCGCCGGCAGCCGCGUCGGCGGCAGCGUCGGCGGCAGGCCGCCAUCACGGCCGGCGCCGCCAGCAGCGACGCUGCUACGCCUUCCAACCUGCUCAAGGUGCUGCGGCCUCCAUCCACUCCACGACCGCUGUUCCUGGCAGCUCCAGGGGUGGCCAACGCGCAGUCGGCGUACUUCUCCUUCUCAUCCUUCCUGCAGUGGGCGGAGCAGCCCAUCUACGUCUUGGACAAGGACAAUGACCUGGAUAUUCAGAGCCUGGCCCGCCGCAACGCCCUGGACAUUUUGGCGGUACAGCCGGAGGGGCCUUACCUUAUUGGGGGCCACUCGUACGGCGGUGCAGUGGCCAUGGCCAUCGCUCUGCUGCUGGAGGAGUGGGGCCACGACGUGGGACUGGUGGUCAUCAUGGACACACCGCGGCCGGAGCAGGUUCGGACGCUGCAGCCUGACGCCGCCGAGUGUACGGAAGAGGACGCCCUGGAGCUCAUGGAAAUGAUUCUGGGGGCGCUGGGUCGGGACGCCAUCGGACUGGGAUCCAGCAUUGUGCACCCGCGCGAGAGCGAGGAGUGGAAGGCCAUGAGCCUGGAUCAGAAGUAUGAGUUUUUUGCGCCUAUUUGGCGUGUGAUGCGGGACGAUGCUAUGCCUGUCGAGGAGGUGAGGCGACAGGUCGAGCACGUCGCGCUGGCGGUCAAGCAGGGCAGUCAGAUUUCCGAUAUGCGGCGCCACCGCUUCGUCGGACGGCUGCUAGGCGCACGUGUGUUGUACUUCAGGGCGGCUGUGCCAGGCGCGUGCGACUAUGUCAACGAUUCCAGGUUCUGGAUGUAUGCCCAUGGCAUUUGCUGGCACGACCUGUGUACGGAUCUACAGGUUAUUGAUGUGCCGGGUGACCACUUCAGCCUGCUCCGGCAGGGCGUACGAGACAUGUCGUACAUGGUUUCGGCGCUCAAACAGUACCUGGGUACGUUCGGCUGGGCGGAGACGCUGCGGCGCGACGGUGGUGGCGGUGGUGCGGGUGGCGGCUGGCAGCUGCCGGCUGAGGAGGUGGGUGGACUGGCCGAGUACCUGGAGCGCAUGGGCGUCGACGCCGGAAGGGCACACCAGCUCGCGGGUACGGCACCGCACGCGUCCGGCAGCGGCGCCGCCCCCGCCGCCGCCGGCGGCGGCGGUGGCGGAGCCCAUGGAGGCUUGAUGCCACCACCCGUCGGUGCGCCUGCCGCCGGCAGCUCAGCUGCAACAGCAUUGCCGCUCAACAAGGCUGCCACUGCCGUCAGUACGGCUACGGCUAAGGCCGCUGUUAAAACCGCAGGAAGAGCUCGAGGUGCCGCAAGCCGGGAACCCGUGGGUCAGUCUCUGGAUGGCGUGGACGUCAUCUUCGUGAUCGGUGACGCCGGACCGCGCCUGCCGCCGGCGCUCGAGGCGGCUGUAGCAGGGCUGCAGUCCCCCUGCUACAAACUGCAGCUACCGUCCAAUAGCUCCCUGUCCCAGCUUCGCAGCGUGCAAGCCCUAGCGGCGGAGCUUUGCGCAGCCGCCAGGUCCGCCGUCGCGCCUCUAUUGCGUCCCGCUGGUGGCGCCAGCACCGUCGGCACCGCCUCAUCAUCAGCUACAGCUACUGCCGGUGGCAGCGGCCGCCGGCGCGCAGCGCCGGCAUUGCGGCAGACUGCCGCUGGGCCCGCCGCCGCCGCCGCCACCACCAGCACUUCCGGUAUGAACGGCGGCAGGACCUUGACGGCCGCCGUGGUUGGCGUCGGCUUCGCGGCGGCAGUAGCUUACGAGGUGGCGGUGCAUCUACAGGCGGCCCCGUCCGCCGACGCCGCCACAGGUGCCGGAACCGCCUCCAACCCCGCGGCCUCCGGCGGCGGCGGCGGCAGCAGCAGCGGCGGCGGCGGCGGCUUGACGGCGACGGUGCUGCUGCUUCUGGAAGACCCGCGACUGCGGCGGUGCUGUGAGGUGGUAUCUCAGCCCUGGUUCCAGCUGCGUGACUGGGUGGCGGAAUGGCGCCAGGACCUGGACAUGGCGGAGUUUGCGCUGGUGGGCCGACUGCUCGAGGAGCAGGGGCAUUCUGCCCAAAUGGACUACGUGGGGGGUUUGGCUCCCCCCGGCGUGUCGAAAGCCCAGUGGGAUCUCCUCGCGGAGGAACAGGCCCGGGCCGCCAACGGCCGUACAGGGUACGGCUGGGAGGAGAUGCAGUACAGCUGGGCUGUGCUGUACGGCAUGGCUGAGGCGCUGCAGAACCAACCCGAGGCUCAGCUCGAGUACCUGGCCCGCUACCGCCCCACCACCACCACCACCUCCACCACCUCCACCUCCACUGCCCUCAUGGACGAGGACACCUGGGAUGUGACGGUACGGGACACCUUGUGGACCGGCUCCUACCUCAAGUCCAUUGCACACACACACAAACCCGAGGUGCCCUUCCUGGGUGAGACCGUCUUCCUGCACUCGGCGCCGCCCUCAGCGAGUGUGAUCAGCGGCAGCGUGAGGGACUUCACUGCAGGCUGGGCGGCGGGGGCUACAAGGUCGUUCGCGAUGCUCGUACAGCCCGUACGCAUGGUACGACUGGAAGACAAAACCGCCACGUCCGCUGCCGCGCCGGGGCCGCCGUCGGUGGAUCCGGUCACGGACGGCGGAGCGGCGGUGACGACGGCGGCAGUGGCGCCGGCGGCAUCGCCGCCGCCGCCAUUGUCGGCCGGUGCACCUUUCUUGCAACUUACGACGGUGCAGCUGCAGCAGCUGCUAACACAAGCGGCGGGCUGUUACAGUCGUGUAGCGGGCAUGAGGCAGCAGCUGGCGACGACGGCGAUGACGUCGGGCGCCGCGGUACUGCCGCUGGUGCCGUACACCAGCGCCGGCGGUAGUCCAGCGGAAGAGCCUGUCGGCAACGGCGCCGUACAGGACUCUGCCGUGGCGCAAAGCAGCGCCGCCAGCGUGCUGUCGUACGUGUUGGUGGGGGUCGGAGGUGGUGGGGAAAUGUCUUCGGCCGGCGGCAGCGUGGUCGGCAGUACAGACGGCGGUGGCGGAUCAGGAGCCGAGGCGCCCGCUGCAUCUGCGCCUUCGGUCACCUUAGCCGCACUUAACCGGCUUUGCCCCAUGGGGCAGCGCAUCCGUACUAGCACCGCUGCCACUGCUGGCCAGCCGCCGCCGCAACAGACACAGCCGCAGCAGGCGGAGGGCGGCCACUUCAGCACGGCCUCCCCGUCUUCCGCUGCAGUCGUUGCCAACGCCGUGAUGCAAACCUCGCAACCCGUGUGGUUCGUACACGACGAGACCGGAAGCACGGCAGGCGCCGUUCGCGCCCUAGCGGAGUUGCUGCAGCUUCCUGUGUACGGCAUCAACAUGCCGGAAUUCUCCUUGCCAUCCACGACAGGAGGAGUGCGUUCAUCGACUGCCCCGAUGUCGGCUGCUUUGCCAUCACCUCCGGUGGCGGCGACAGCGCCGCCGCCGCUGCUGACGCCACCCACGCUUACCCGCCUGGCGGAAGUUUACGGCGCAGCAGUUAUCGCGGCGCAGCCCCACGGACCAUACUGUCUGGCGGCGACGUCGUCGUACGGCUGCAUGUUGGCAUUCGCGGUGGCGGCAGCGCUAGAGCAGCAAGGCCAUGACGUCAUGCUCGUACUGCUCGACGGCCCGCCAUGCCCUCCUGCCGGAGGCCUGGUAGAUCCCGUGUACUGCAGUCUGUACGGAACUCUCGUACAGCACACGUUGUACGAGGGCGGCGGCGGCGCCGCCGCAUCAGGAAAGGGGGCUGAGGCCGCCACGGCGACGCCGUCAACGGCUCCGCCGCCGUUGCCUGAUUUGGCGACCUUCGUGGCCACGCUUCAGAGCCGUGGGGCGAUUCCGGAUGAUCCCACCUCGCUGCUGGUGGCAAGCGCGUCCUUCCGCCCGCCGUCGCUAACGCAAGCGGCCUGGAGCGGCGUGGUGCUUGGAGCCGUGCGUCGCGCAGGUCUCCUCCGAGCUCUGGCCUCCACCCACCGCCCCGCCGCCUCCCUUCAAGGCCCCGCCGCUGUCGUCCUGCCCGAGGACCGCCACGGCGCUGCCUUCCUGGCCGCCAGCCGGCAGUGCUGCGACGGCACCGUCACGGCGCUCACGCUGGAGUGCCGCCACGGUACGGCACUCGCGAGUGAGGAGGGCCGCCGUGCAGCGGCGGCGGCGGUGAUGGAGGCGGUGGUUGAGAUGCUGCAGAUGCUGUGA